CUGACACCUGUGGGUUCUCACGGUCUGGUUGCCGGGGUAACGAGGAUCUCGGCUGAGUCUCGGCUGCCAGAGGAAGUGACGACAGGGAUUGGCUGUUGUUGGGACACGUGACCGCUCGGCCCGCAGUACAGACUGUUUUGACAGCGGGGAGGCAGUGCGGCGGGGUCAGGGGGGCUGACUGACAGCUCGAUGGUGCGGCGGAGGGAGGAGAAGGGUUAAUGUGUCCGUGUUACCCCGCUGACAGGCUCUCAUACCCGGGCAGGAGGGGCGGGGGAUCCCAUGGUCGGGGAGGCUGGCCGUGUAGCAGUGCGGGGGGCAGUCCUGGGAGCUCUAUGACUGUAUCCCGGGGGGAGAUGGUGCUUGGACUCGGCUGGGAGCUGACAGAGCUGGGGGUAGGCGUGUGGCAGCAGCUGGGGUACGUCUAGCAGGAGCUGGGGGGCUGUGAUCUCGGUGUGGGGGCGCUCAGGAUGGCUGUGGGAUUAGCUGGGGGCUCAGGCAGUCUGGGGGGUAGUGCUGGGGGAGCACACGGUCGGUAGGGGUCUCUUAUAUCCAGGGGGCAGAGUUUGGAGUUGACCAGUGACCCCCAGCACCCUCUAUCUCUGCUCUCAUUGAUCCUGGCUGCUGGGGAGCUCAGUGUCUUUAGGGGUCUCUAGGGGGGCAGAGUUUGGAGGUGACCAGUGACCCCCCCCAGCACCCUCUAUCUCUGCUCUCAUUGAUCCUGGCUGCUGGGGAGCACACUGUCUUUAGGGGUCUCUAGGGGGGCAGAGUUUGGAGGUGACCAGUGACCCCCCACCCCAGCACCCUCCAUCUCUGCUCUCAUUGAUCCUGGCUGCUGGGGAGAACAGUGUCUUUAGGGGUCUCUAGGGGGGCAGAGUUUGAAGGUGAUCAGUGACCCCCCACCCCAGCACCCUCUAUCUCUGCUCUCAUUGAUCCUGGCUGCUGGGGAGCACACUAUCUUUAGGGGUCUCUAGGGGGACAGAGUUUGGAGGUGACCAGUGGACCCCCCAGCACCCUCUAUCUCUGCUCUCAUUGAUCCUGGCUGCUGUGACCUUGCUGAUCGCUUAUUGAUUAACAGGAGGUGACAAUGUGUCAGCUGUGACCUGUUCACAGAGGGGGAGGAGAGGGCUGGCAGUCAGCUGGGGAGAUCAUGACAGGAUCCUCCUGGUAGACAUUAGUGACCUUAUUAUUGUGGAGCAGUAAGUGAGUGUGUGGGUAGGUAGGUGGGUGACUCACCCUCUGGUCUCAGCCUGAGGGCUCCCUGUGUUGUGUGUGUGAUUAUGGUGAGAGCUGGGCUGUCUCUCCCAGCCAGCUUAUAAAUAGACUGUGUCAGGGGAGGACACGUUGGCUACUCAGCUGGGGAUUGUUCCUCUACCCAAAAACAGCCAGGUGUCUGGAUGGAGUAGUAGGCCGGCCCUUUGACCACCUAUGUGCAAGCAGGCCACUUGUGUGUUUUCCUCUUCCUUUUUUUUUUCAUUUUCUUCAUUUGGAAGGGCUUUUAUUACUAACUUAGUCCUUAACAGUGAGGAGAGGUCCUGCGGGCACCACAUCAACUCAUGAGAUCUUCCUGUAUACCAGACAGCAGGAUGAAGCCAGACAGAGGUAAACAAAGUGUUCCUCAUUUCUCUCUCUCUUUAUUUUUCUUUAUUUUUUGUAACUCCUAUUCACCAUAUCUGCAAUCCACACAUUACAGCUGUAUCAAUUGGCAGCGAAUCCCAACCUAAUGAUUCCUGAUUUUUAGUUCGGAUUCAAACAGUUCACGAGAAACAGGUUUAAGGUUCUGUGUUUGUUACAUAUUUUCAGUUAAUUUUGAUUUGAGCAGUUGCAAACUGUCAGAGCCACAUUGAAGGAUAGAUUUCAUCAUCGAGUAAGUGAUCAAAAAGCAUCAUACACUUCUUAAAUGUCUACAAUGUAUCCAUUCUGAAACAUGAGGGGGAGACUCUCAUUAUCCUCUUCACUGUGUUGAUAAAGAUGAAGUCUCCAUUUUGCUUUUGUCUGGCUACUCUUUAUUUCCACCUAAAAUGCAUAGCUUUUAGUCCUCACUCAUUACGUCUGUUUCAGCUAGCUAUUGGGGGAAAAAAAAUGUUAUUUACUUGAAUGAUCUGAAAUUGGCUCAGUUCACUUCAACUACACUACAAAAUUCCCCUGUGCUGGGGCCGACAUUAUAUUAAAAAAGACUGAGUGUGUGGAUAUGCAGGGCACAAGUUGUCCUCUGUCUGAAAUGCUUGGUGAAUCAAAUGGAUGAUAAUGCUCUAGGCAGACGACCCUGAGCAGAAUAUGUCUAAAGUUCUAAUUUAUUUAAGAAAGAGGAACCUUGAUAUUUAUCAGACUCCUAGCACACACGAUGAUAAAGUUAUGUGUCAGUAAUACCAGAUGAUUUAUCUUUGUGGUAUGUCUGUCUGUAGUAAUACUAAAGAGACAAACCAAGUAUUUGCCUUUGGUAGAUACAGACACAGACACAUUUUAUAUUUGCUACGUUUCAGUCCAACAUACAGUGGGAUUUACUGGGAAUAGUCUGGAAUUGAUUAGGGAUUAUUAAGGUUAAAUAACCCAGCUGGGAACAGGUGAACAGUUUAAUAAUGCAUAAAAUCAGACAUUUCCUGGAUUAUUCAUGACAAUUCAUGGUUUGGGGGUUAUACUUGUUUUCAGACUUUUUUGUGCCCCUGCAGUCUUGACCUUAGUUAUGCAAGUUGGUUCUGUAUUGACCUCAAGUUACUGUUUAGAGGAUAAACACCCUAAUGUCCUACAAAACAGUGUAGUCUAUUAAAAAUGGAUUACUAAAAUGAAAAAGCUCUGAAAUAUCUUUUUUUUUUUUUAAAGUGUUUUGUAUUUUGUUGUUGAAAAAGACCUAUAAAUUCUUAUUAAUCACCUAAGUUUGGUUUUGUUUCCAUUUUUUAUUUUAUUCAUGUAAAAGCAUAUGUAUGUAUGCUUAUCUUAAAGCAACACAAACACCCCCAACUUUCUUAGCUUUAGUGACCAAUGUUUUAGGCAAUUAAAUGACUAGCUUUGUGUACACUUCCACCCAAUAACAGCUGUCUGACAGUGUUGUUGCUCCAGGUUUCGUUAGAAUGCUGUCAUUUAAGAUUAGCUGUGGGGCUUGUGAAGAGUUAAAGCUUGCAAAUAGCUGAGCUGGCAAGUUUAAUAGUAUUUUGAGGAGCAGCUGAUCUGUACAAAAGCAAGCUUGUCUUGAGUGGCAAUGCAGACUCUGGAUCACAUUACUAGAGUUAAAAGUUGUGUAGCAACACAGAUACCUCAUAAGCCAAGCAACCCAGCUGCCUAUGUUUACAUUGAUUAGCAUUAUAUGGCAAUAAAGGAAUGAUUGAACUUUAUAACUCACUGAAACCACAUGACCUCAGUAAUCACUUGGUUAAUUCAUUAUAUGUUGGCAAAUUAAAUCUAUUUUGCUGAUCCCUUGAGCAGUAAUCUGAUUUCUCUGCUGCCUCUAAUCUCUAAAUGUUCCAGAAUUAUAUUUUGCCGUGUGAUUGAUUUUAUUGUUUUAUUAAAUGUCUAAUUCUAUGAUAUGUACCUAUUGAAGUUGGGAUUACAAAUAAAUGCUAAUUUAGAGGUUUAGUUUAUGUAGAAAUAUAUAUAUAUAUAUAUAUAUAUAUAUAUAUAUAUAUAUAUAUUAGAAGAAAUUAUUUGGAUAGAAUGGUAAUCUAGAACCGUGAAAAUAUCCUUUUUUAUUUUUACGUAAUUGUCAUAAUUUUGUACUUGUAUUGUGCCACUGUAAAAAUACAUUGUUUUAUUGUGUACACAUUGGUUUGCAGGCCUUUUGUGGCGAGCAGAUGGAACAGCAUAGCAUUCGGUCUGGACAAUUUUGGAACGGUUUUAUAAAUAGUUAGUCUAUAAAUAUUCGUGGUAAUAUGACCAGAACAUGUAAACUUCUUGACCUAAUAAUUAUGACCUAUGACAGGCAUUGACUACGAGACUGUUUUGCUUUAAUUUUGGGUCUAAUAAUUGGAUAUAUUUAACUUUCUUGGAAUUGGCUUUUAGUCUAUAAAAUUGUCAGAAAACAAAUAGGACUUUAGUACAUUACCAAAAAAAGUUUUGUGUUUCACAGUAUUGUCGCUGAUGCACCCAAUUAUAGUCUUCUGAUUAUAAUAACUUUAUUACAGAAUUAAAUUUAAAGUGAUCAUUGUGAACAGUAGAUUUUUUAUUUAUUUUAUUUUAAAUUGUCACUUUUAGCAUUUAUAUAUUGCCAGCUUAGUCUGCAGCACUUUACACUAUUAUAAAAGUUGGAAAUUUAACAAUAAAUGAGACCAUUACAAAAUGUUACAGGAACAAUAGGUUGAUGAGGACCCUGCUCAAACAAACAUACAGUCUAGAGGUGGUGGGCUAUAAAAACACAAAAGGAAAGUCAGAGGUGGGGUGUAGCAACCAAAGACAAUGUGAGAAAGUAGCAGAGCUGUAAGGUGAGAGCAAGAAAAAGGUUUGUGAAAUAGACGUUAAUGUUGGAGGCCAUAUGCUUUUCUGAAGGGACUUCUUAACUGACUGAAGACCAUGGGAGUGUCUGCUGGGGGGUUAGACAGGCUGUUCCAAAGGAAAGGAGCCUCCCACAAGUAGUCCUGCAAGUGCGAGUAAGGUGUGAGUAGCGGACAGGAGGUCACCGGCAGAGCAAGAAGACAGAGUAGGGGUACAUUCAAAUUUGUGAAGCAAUAUAACAGGGGAGUUUACGAUUGUUGAGAGCUUUAUAGGUAAGGGUUAGUAUUUUGAAUUUACUUUCUUAUAGGACACAGGAAGCCAAUAUAAGGAUCGACAAGGGGCCAAGGUAUGACCGGAGCCAGAAAGCAACAUGAUGGCAGCAUUUAUUACAGAUUAUAUGGGGGGUGGCAAUAUGGCAUCUGGAGAGUCCAGUUAGGAGAGAAUUAUAGUAAUCAAUGCGAGAAACUACUAGAGCAUGAACAAGCUCCGCAGCAGCAUCUUGUGUAAGAAAGGGGCAGACGUGAGCAAUGUUUUCAAGAUGGAAUCCGCAGGAUGUGGCAACAGACUGGACAUGUGACUAGAAUCAAUGGUGAGCUUACAUGGAUCAGCUGAUGUGGGUACCAUCGACUUGCAUGGAGAGCGAAAGUGGCUGCUCCCUGGAACAUUUUUGUAUACACAAGCUAAACAAACUAUUCUUGGUAAUAUCAAACUGGAUGGCAAUCACAUAGUUUAGAAUUCAGUUAUUCACUAAAGUGAGAAUUUAAGGUGAAUUCAAGGUGAAUCUCAAAUUUAAAGGGACUCUCCAGUGCCAGGAAAACCAUCCGUUUUCCUGUCACUACAGGUCCCCUUUCCCUCCCAAUCCCCGGUUGCUGAAGGGGUGAAAACCCCUUCAGUCACUUACCCGAGACCCCCGCCGAUGUCACUCGGCGGUGGUUUCUGCUAGCCGCUCCUCCUCUACAUUAUGUCGGCCGGUGGGCGAGACUGAUCCGGCCGUGGAGACCUAAUGCAUAUGAGCGGCAAUGCCGCGCAUGCGCAUUAGAGCUCUCCAUAGGAAAGCAUUAAAAAUGAUUUUCAAUGCUUUCCUAUGGGGAAUUGAGCAAUGCGGGAGGUCCUCACACAGCGUGAGGACAUCAGCGACGCUCUAGCCCAGGUUUUCUGUGCUAUGGACCAGAAAGUGCCCUCUAGUGUCUGUCUAGUAGACAGCCACUAGAGGUGGAGUUAACCCUGUAAGGUAAUUAUUGCAGUUUAUAAAAAAAAUUGCAAUAAUUACACUUGCAGGGUUAACGGUAGUGGGAGUUGGCACCCAGACCACUCCAAUUCCUGGAGUGUCCCUUUAAGGUCAAAGUAGCCAAAUUGAAAAAAUUCAGUAAGUCAGCUAUGCUUCCAGUUCACCUAUUCUGGCAUUAAAUUUGAAAUUCACUUUGAAUUCUCACUAUAGUAAAUAACCUUGUAGGUAAUUCUCAUUGUCUACGACUUCCCUUAACCCUUUAAAAUAACAUUCACUGCAUGGUAUUUGACCAGUUUUUAUAUGGUAGGUGGAGCCAUUUAGGAACCUUUGUAAAGUGUUAUUCUGUUCCCAGUGAUGGUGACUACUGUCACAGUGGGUUGGUCAGUUUUGGGUCACAUAUUUCUUGCAUUAGUGUCAUCAACUGUAUCCUUUACCUAGGAGAUUUUUAUUUUAUUAUUUUUUUCAUUUUAAAUGAAAAUUGACUAUAACUGUAUCUAGAUAUCUAUUUAGAUUUUGUACUGCCCUAUGCUUGGUUGACUCCAUGUGCCUCUUCCCCCAUUUGCCACAUUCUUAUGUACCUUCCCUUCCUAUGCAACCUGCCCUGCCCUCUUGUUUUGUCACCCACUGUAACAAGACCACAUCCCUUCCUUCCCUGGUCAUUCCCCUCACCAGUAACUGGUUAAUCAUUUUGUUGCCAUGGUGCAAAAUAGGAACUGCAGGUUACAAACCCCUGCAUUUUGUGGUUAGCCAUACAUUAACUGUUAUUACCUUGUAUUGUAGCAAUGGCUAAACUUGCCAGUUCAGAUCGUGGAACAGGAGUUUCCACACGUGUGGGGUAACAGGAUUAACUGUCUUACAAUAAUUACUGUUUUUAACUGUAAAAUUAAUGAAUCACCUUUCUCCUCAUAAUUUUUCUUUUGUUCACCUGUGGUUCGCUGCCCUGACUCCACAGUACAGCUGGUGUGACGUCUCUCUGCGAUGACAUCAAAUCUGCAAAGGAAAGGUAGUAGCAGGGCUUCCUUCCUUAUCUCAGGCAGUCUUUUCUGCCUAGCAGAAGGAUGCAAGUUCUUGCAGAAAGGCAGACAUAAUGGGGAAAAUGUUAAAUGCAGCUGAGAGUAGAAUGGCAAAUGAGGCUGGAGGGGUGUGUGCAAUAAAAAUGUACCACCCCCAAUUUGCCAUGGUAGGCUUGUUAGACCUAGGCUGAGAUUAAUCUCUGACUGUAGCCUCUACAUUAGUCAUUGGAUCUGCAAUUUCUAUUUGUUCUGAUCUGCUCGUCAACACUUCUGUCAUGGAGACAGGAGUCAAAACCAAGAGUCCCCUUCCUAGUUCUGAAGUGCCAUGUUUGGCUCCUUCCUCAUGGCUAUAGUUUGAACAAUCCAGUCCAAAUGAAUCUGUGGAGCUUACUUUCAAAAGGGUUAUUCUGGUGUAUUGUUCUUAAUAUAGUUAUGGUUGUUUCCCUAACUGUCAAUUAGUGUUCAGUGACAAUCACCAAGGUAAAAGUGGCAGAGUUGGAGACUCCCACCCCACAAUACCGGCCAUUUUAACUUAAAGUGCCCCCCAGUCCAGUUUCAGCUGUGCGUAUUCAGUAAACCAUGCUGGUGGGUUCUGUACACUUGAGGAAAACAUUUGUUUUACUCUCUUUAUUGUUCAAACAGAAAACACUAACUUUGAAACGGGUAUAUACAAGGAAAAACUAACAUGAAUCCAGUGGGGUUUUUUUUGUUUUGUUUUUUUAAAUUUAUGUCAUUGUGUUCAUGUGAUUGUCUAGAAGUCUGUCUGUAACCUGAUGGUUGCAUGUUCUAAUCCACACAGGACAUUUAUCCAUCAGCAGUAUCAGCGAAAUUAAUAUCCAGUGUGUUGGGUAAUCAUGAUAUUAUGGGAUUUAGAAGAAAUGGCGCAAGUGAUCUAAUCCUAAAUUGAGACCUGAGCAGGGUAAAUCUGUUUUCAGUUUUCUCUUAUCUUCUGUUUUUUUCCCACAUGAUCAAUUUGCCUAUGAGGGGGUGGUUCCUAAACGCAAGGAAAAGCCCCUGUUUACAUCACAUUGACAUCAGGGCUGGAAUAGGUUGAAACUAGCCCUAAAUAUUAUUUUUUUUUUUAAAUGGGUCUCAAACAGGUAACAAGAACUAAUUGGUCAAUUCAGCUAGAAGACUUCAAGCAAAUGCGACAUUUAUAAGCUGUGGACGAAGGCGAAAAGCAUAAAGUAGAUGUGAACUUUUUUCUUUCAUUGAAGUGUGCCUUUGUCCAAAACAAACUUACCGCUAUUGUUGUAGGCAAUAUAGUCACACAAACCCCCUCCCCUCCCCCCCAAAAAAAAACACGCCAUUUCUACUUGAAAUGUCCCAACCAGCCCAGGGAAAUCUUAAUGUAUAUCACCCUGCAGGUUGCCUGCAUUUUCCAGUGUUUUCACUUGAUGGCUGUAAUAUGUGAGAGUUAGAGGCUGGUGAAUCUUGUUUUAGCCUCUGUUAAUUCACUUUCAGAAUGCCUUGCUAAGUGUGAUGCCAUGGGAGUGCAUUUGUGCUGUAUCUCAAGGCUUUAUACUGUACAUUGGAAGCCAUACAGAAUAACCUCAGUCUCUGACUCCUACAUAUGAUGUCCAUGUUGAGGGAAUGGACAUGGUAGCCCCACUAGAUCACCAGUGAAAGGUAGCGGAACAGAGUUUCCAGAACUGGAUUAAGACCAUGAUGGUGAAAAUUAUGCCAAUGCUGCUUUUGGUCUCUGUAUUUUCCUAGACGCAACAUUGAUUAUUCCAAGACUAUGCACCAUUUGAAAGUAUAGAACCGACCCAGAGCAUGUUUUUGAGUUGCCUGAUUCUUGUACAUAAUCACUAUUCAUGAACAUGCACUCUCCAUUAACUGCUUACUCUUUGGACAUGUUACCAGUGCUUCCGAUUUAAAUAUGGUUGUCUCCCCCCCGUCCAUUUUAGGGAUUGGCAAGCCAGGAAAAGCGCUUGAAAGGUGUUUACUCUUAUGUAAUCAUUUGCAAAAGAAUACAGAGGCUAUAUUACAUGUAACCUUUUCUUUUAAAUAAUAAAAAUGAUUGUUUUCCUUUAAAUGUUACUCUGUUAUUUUUCCAGUAGUAGUGUUCCCUACAGGAUAAGUGACGUGAGUGCCUCACCCUUUAUUUUGUUUAAAGACAAAUAAUAACCCGAGGGCCAGUGUUGAAUAGCCCUGCUAUAGAUCCUGUACAUUAAAAAGCCUUUCUGGCCUAUUUAUAACAGAGUGAAUUGUGGGGAGUUGAAAACAGUUAAAUAAUGUAAACCAAAAUAUCACAGUUAUUGUUUUAUUUAUGACAAGCCAAUCAACACAUUACAACACGUUUAUAAAGUACGCAUAACUUGCAUGAAAUAUCAUAAGGAGACUCGUAAAUUGGAACAAAUCUGACAAUAGUUUGUGACUUAUCGCUGUUUUUCUUUGGAAAAUGUCCUUUGGUGUCAUUGCAAAGAGGUCAAAUGUUGAAAUAAUAGUAGAAGUAAAAAGUGGGGUAGGGAAAGGAAUAGGUGGCAUGAUGCCCGGAUGGUAUGUUUCUGAACCAUCCUAAACCUUAAUUUAUCCAUAAGUUAUGCCUGUGUAUAUUUAUACUAUAAUGCAGUGGCUUCCAAACCAGGCCCUCAAGUCACGCCUACCAGUCCAGGAUUUAGGGAUUACCCAGUUGUGGAAACUGCUGUAAUGGAUAAAUGCACUCCUAGGGAUUAAAAUGCAAAAUGAACAUAUCUUUUUAAACAAUUACUUUUUAUUUCUUUCCAGCCCACUGCAUAUUUAACAUAAAGCUAUUAAAAAUUUGACAGUCCGGGGGCGGGGCCUGAGCAGUAUGGCGGCUAGACGCGUUUCAUUUGAGCUCCAAGUCUGUGCUCUGAAAAGAACAGCUUAAAUCAACCAUUAACACGCUGAACCGCUCUCUAAUUGUGAUAUUAUCUGACCCUGAGACUGACUGAGGCUCUUCGGUGCAAAUCUGUGGCUGGAGUCACCGGUAAUCCCCGGAGGCUUAGGGUGAGGCCCGAUGUUCUUGUCAUCCUGGCGAGGCAGCCGAAUGCUGGUACUGCGUAGCGCUGAAUCUCUGCAGGAUACUGAGCAGCCCUGUUCCUUCGGUCUCCACUGGUGCACUCUACCUGCUCACUGGCCCCCUCGUUGCACCCACUGAUCACUUUUGGACAGCAUCUACCCUUCUCCAGAUGGUGACUGCUUCCAUCUCAAGGCACUUAUUUUAUUUAUGUAGCGCUAGCAAAUUCCAUAGCGUAUAAAGACCGGGAAACAAACCUCUGACCUGGUUGACCGGUUCCUCCUCCGACUGGAUGUCACAUUCCACCGCUUCUGGGCAACUUUAGAGGCACAGCUGGCUACCCCAGGGAACCAACCUCAACAAGGUGCAGGGAGAGGAGAAUUGCGGAAAGGAGCACUCCUUCUGGCAAUCCAGAACCACCAACAUCAAAAUCCCCUACUACAAGCCUGCCUGGGCUGAGGGCCAACAAGGGUAAGAUCCCUCUGCAUCAUCCACGUGGACAGGAGACAUAGAAACAUAGAAUGUGACGGCAGAUAAGAACCAUUCGGCCCAUCUAGUCUGCCCAAUUUUCUAAAUACUUUCAUUAGUCCCUAGUCUUAUCUUAUAGUUAGGAUAGCCUUAUGCCUAUCCCACGCAUGCUUAAACUCCUUUACUGUGUUAACCUCUACCACUUCAGCUGGAAGGCUAUUCCAUGCAUCCACUACCCUCUCAGUAAAGUAAUACUUCCUGAUAUUUUUAAAUCUUUGUCCCUCUAAUUUAAGACUAUGUCCUCUUGUUGUGGUGGUUUUCCUUCUUUUAAAUAUAGUCUCCUCCUUUACUGUGAUGAUUCCCUUUAUAUAUUUAAAUGUUUCUAUCAUAUCCCCCCUGUCUCGUCUUUCCUCCAAGCUAUACAUGUUAAGAUCCUUUAACCUUUCCUGGUAAGUUUUAUCCCGCAAUCCAUGCACCAGUUUAGUAGCCCUUCUCUGAACCCUCUCUAAGGUAUCAAUAUCCUUCUGAAGAUACGAUCUCCAGUACUGUGUACAAUACUCCAAGUGAGGUCUCACCAGUGUUCUGUACAAUGGCAUGAGCACUUCCCUCUUUCUACUGCUAAUACCUCUCCCUAUACAACCAAGCAUUCUGCUAGCAUUUCCUGCUGCUCUAUUACAUUGUCUGCCUACCUUUAAGUCAUCAGAAAUAAUCACUCCUAAAUCCCUUUCCUCAGAUGUUGAGGUUAGGACUCUAUCAAAUAUUCUGUACUCUGCCCUUGGGUUUUUACGUCCAAGAUGCAUUAUCUUGCACUUAUCCACAUUAAAUGUCAGUUGCCACAAUUCUGACCAUUUUUCUAGCUUACCUAAAUCAUUUGUCAUUUGGCUUAUCCCUCCUGGAACAUCAACCCUGUUACAUAUCUUAGUAUCAUCAGCAAAAAGACAUACCUUACCAUCAAGACCUUCUGCAAUAUCACUAAUAAAAAUAUUAAAGAGAAUGGGUCCAAGUACAGAUCCCUGAGGUACCCCACUGGUGACAAGUCCAAGCUUUGAACAUAUUCCAUUAACUACAACCCUCUGUUGCCUGUCACUCAGCCACUGCCUUAUCCAUUCAACAAUAUUGGAAUCCAAACUUAAAGAUUGCAGUUUAUUGAUAAGCCUUCUAUGUGCAACAGUGUCAAAAGCCUUACUGAAAUCUAGGUAAGCAAUGUCUACUGCACCACCCUGAUCUAUAAUUUUAGUUACCCAAUCAAAAAAAUCAAUAAGAUUAGUUUGGCAUGAUCUCCCUGGAGUAAACCCAUGUUGUCUCUGAUCUUGAAAUCCAUGUGUUUUUAAAUGUUCAUCAAUCCUAUCCUUUAACAUGGUUUCCAUCACUUUCCCCACUACUGAAGUAAGGCUUACUGGCCUAUAGUUGCCCGACUCCUCCCUAUUACCUUUCUUGUAAAUGGGCACAACAUUUGCUAACUUCCAAUCUUCUGGAACUACUCCUGUUAACAAUGAUUGGUUAAAUAAAUCUGUUAAUGGUUUUGCUAGUACACCACUAAGCUCUUUUAAUAGCUUUGGGUGUAUUCCAUCAGGUCCCAUUGACUUAUUUGUCUUUACUUUUGACAGUUGAAAUAGAACCUCUUCCUCUGUAAACUCACGUGUAAUAAAUGACUCAUUUAUCCUUUUUCUCAACUGAGGUCCCUUUCCUUCAUUUUCAUCUGUAAAUACAGAACAAAAAUAUUCAUUGAGGCAGUCAGCUAGACCUUUAUCCUCCUCUACAUACCUUCCUUCUUUUGUUUUUAAUCUAACUAAUCCUUGUUUUACUUUUCUUUUCUCAUUUAUGUAUCUAAAAAAUGUUUUAUCCCCCUUUUUUACUGACUGUGCUAUUUUCUCUUCUGUGUGUGAUUUGGAAGCUCUUAUAACUUGCUUAGCCUCUUUCUGCCUAAUCUUAUAGAUCAUUUUGUCUUCCUCACUCUGUUUUUUGUUUUUUUUUAUAAUUCCUAAAUGCGAACUUUUUGUUUUUAACUAUUUUGGCCACAUCUGCGGAGUACCACAGUGGUUUCUUGAAUUUUUUGCUUUUACUGACAGCCUAAUGCAAUUUUCUGUUGCCUUCAAUAGUGCAACUUUUAAAUAAUCCCAUUUCUCUAGGACUCCAUUUAAAUUGCUCCAGUCUUUUAAUGACUCCUCUACCCAUAUUCUAAUUUUAGAAAAGUCUGUUUUUCUAAAGUCUAAAACUUUUGUUUUUGUGUGGUGUGACUCCGUCACUGUUCUUAUAUUAAACCACACUGACUGAUGAUCACUGGAUCCUAAACUUUCACCUACAGUAAUAUCUGAUACCAAAUCUCCAUUUGUUAACACUAAAUCUAGUAUGGUCUCUUACGAGUUGGCUCCUAAACAACUUGUUUUAGAGGCAAUCCCAGUAGGGAGUUCAGAAUGUGUGCUCCUGGCACAAGUAGCUAAUUUUGUUUUCCAAUUUACAUCAGGAAGAUUAAAGUCACCCAUGAUGAUAACUUCCCCCAUCCGCUUCCAGCAGCAGCACAACACCUGGGCCUUCUGUUCCUCCCAAGCGGAGAAGGAGUCAGUGGACUACCGAUGCAGACCUUCUUACUUGCCUGGGGCAGGAGGGAUCCCCCCACCACCCACACACUCCUUCCAUCAAGCUUCUGCAGCAUCCCGGGUUAACUACUCACAGUCCUUCAAAUAAGGGCAUAGGCUGAGUGGAAUUCCCCACGUAAGGCAGCAGUCCAGCUCAAAAUCUGUGACUUUCACUUGCCCGACGGAGACCCACAAAAUCCUCAUGGCAUAGCUGUUAAAAUCUUAAUAUUGCAAUUGUCAGUCUCCCUUUCUAGCAGCAUUUAGCCAGAACUUGGUCAGAUAGUUUUAAGUGUUAUAUAUGGUGACCCAGUGGUUCUCAUCACCAGUAAUUCUCAUACCUACAAACUUCCCACCAUGUAUCCCAGCAUACACAGUUUACUGAUGAGCCGUGUAGGCUUUUGGUUUAACCCGGUUUAUUCCCUUUAAAAAAUGUGCAGUGUUCCUCGAUGCCACGCUAGUGUUGUAUUAUGUCUCAAGAUCUCUUUGCACCUGCUGUUGUGGCAGUGCAAAUCUGCUUGUUUAACCUAUGCACUCAUGGGAAAACUCAACUAGGGAGUAUAUUACUAUGAGUGUUUCCUCUUGCUAUGGUUUAUUUGAUGAAUGGUUGCAAAGGCAACAAUAUUCAUCAUUUAAUUUAAUAUUCAUCAUUUUAAUUGCAAUAAGAGAUGAUGUAGCUGCACUUUUGUGACUUUGAACAGAAGUUUUUUUGUUUUUUUUGUUUGUUUGUUUUAAUUAUUUAUUUUUUCUGUCAGCUACUCCAUUUCACAAACUCUGAUAAUUGGUCACUUAUUUACGUCAGUGGUAGAGAAUUGAUUUGUCAUGCCAACUGAUGUUACAGUUUAAUUUUAUUUUUGUCUAUUCUGUAUACAAAGAUAACUUGUUUUAGUCUAUGUUUAUUAAAUGGCACAUGUGAUGCACAAAAAUGGCCAUCUGGAUACAACCUGGCCAGUAGCCCGGGGAGUAUGGCAAAAUGCUUGUUGUGACACUCCUAACCUGUUACAGAAAGGUUUGAUUUAAAGGGAUUCUAUAGUCACCAAAACUACUACAGCUUAAUGGUGGUGUUCUGGUGUGUAUAGUAUGUUCCUGCAGACUUUUCCGUGUAAUCACUGUCUUUUCAGAGAAAAUGUAUUUACUUGUUUUUGUUCAACUGAGCAAGGUAUUUGUAAAGUACAUUUUUUAAGUUCUGACUUUCAAACAUUCUUUAAAAGUAGAUGUCAUAAUUAUCCUUGAUUUGACAAAACCUCAAGGUCUGGUAUUUUGUCUUUGUUUUGCAUUUUUUGUUUCUUGGUUUACUCUAAUAGGGGGAAAAAGAAGAAAAAUUUAAUAUUAUGUAACUGUUACAAAGUUGAAAUAAGAGGGGGGGAGUAAGUAUUUUGUGUUCUUUCCACAGCAACUAAAGUGUAUUUAGGUUAGGGCAACACAUUUCAUUAUUGGACAAUAGACCUUAUGGACACAUACCCUUACAGUAAAUAUAACCUCCUACAGCAGUGAUACUCCACCAGCAGUAACGGUGUCUACAGAUAAAAUGCAACACGUUUGUUAUAGCACAAUCAUCAAUUUGUGCUGUGAAAUUACAUCAGUGGACAGAUUUGGUGACCACCUGUAUACUGCAUCUGUAAGAUAAAAUCCUUAUCUGAAAAUGAACGUAGGUACAGCUUACCCUUUUGGAUUAUAACCACUUGGGAGGAUUUUGAAGUCUUUGCUCUAAUUUAUGCAAAUGAUUUAGGUAAAUUAGAAAAACGGUCACUUGUGGCAACUGACAUUUAAUGUGGAUAAGUGCAAGAUAAUGCAUCUUGGACGUAAAAACCCAAGGGCAGAGUACAGAAUAUUUGAUAGAGUCCUAACCUCAACAUCUGAGGAAAGGGAUUUAGGAGUGAUUAUUUCUGAUGACUUAAAGGACCACUAUAGUGCCAGGAAAACAUACUCGUUUUCCUGGCACUAUAGUGCCCUGAGGGUGCCCCCACCCUCAGGGAUCCCCUCCCCCGGCUCUGGGGAGAGGAAAGGGUUAAAAACUUACCUUUUUCCAGCGCUGGGUGGGGAGCUCUCUGCCUCCUCUCCUCCUCCGAUCCUCCUCCUGGGCUGAAUGCGCGCGCGGCAAGAGCUGCGCGCGCAUUCAGCAUAUAGAAAGCAUUUACAAUGCUUUCCUAUGGACGCUGGCGUGCUCUCACUGUGAAAAUCACAGUGAGAAGCACGCAAGCGCCUCUAGUGGCUGUCAAUGAGACAGCCACUAGAGGAUUAGGGGGAAGGCUUAACCCAUUCAUAAACAUAGCAGUUUCUCUAUGUAUUUAAAUACAUAAAGGGAAACAACACAGUAAAGGAGGAGACUUUAUUUAAAAGAGGACAUAGUCUAAAAUUAGAGGGGCAAAGGUUUAAAAAUAAUAUCAGGAAGUAUUACUUUACUGAGAGGGUAGUGGACGCAUGGAAUAGCCUGCAGCUGAAGUGGUAGAGGUUAACAAAGUGAGGGAGUUUAAGCAUGUGUGGGAUAGGCAUAAGGCUAUCCUAACUAUAAGAUAAGGCCAGGGACUAAUGAAAGUAUUUAGAAAAUUGUUCAGACUAAAUGGGCCGACUGGUUCUUAUCUGCUGUCACAUUCUAUAUUUCUAUAUGUUUUGUUUUAGGAAGUGUGGAGUUCUACCAGGCAGGAGUGUCACUGAUUGGUUGAGAGCAGUCAGCUGAUGCUUUCAGCCAAUCAGUGACUGUUUGUUCAUGAAACUGGCUUAAAAAAAGAUACGUUUCUUUUCAAGCCAGUUUUAUGAAUGUGGAGUCACUGAUUUGGCGGAGGCAGGGCCGGAUUAACAUAGGGGCUGAUGGAGCUGCAGCUCCAGGCCCAUGGAAUAGGCCCAUUGAUUAAAAAAAAAAAAACACACACACUCUUCGGGUUUCCACCUGGAUUUUAUUUUAUUGGCACAGCCAGUAUUUGAGGCUGCAAUAUCGGUGCCAAUAUUGCAGUUAUACUGGCGAUUCAAAUGCUGGUAUUUUUCUCAGUAUAAACAGAGAUUACGAUGCAAUAUCAGCACUGGCCAGUAGGGGUCGCUGUGUAUGGAGAGGGAUGGGGGGGAAAGGCUGCAAGGAGACAUGGGGGCACUGAGACACUAAGGGACAUUGGUAGACAUUAUGACACAGACACUUGGGGACCCAGUAUCCCUAUGUCUCCCUGUGUCCUCAUGUCUCCCAGCCAGUGUCCCUGGUGUCUGUCUCCCCAUGUCUCCUAGUGCCCCAAGUGUCUCAAUGUCCCAUGUGUCCCAAGUGUCUAUGGCCCUGGUGUCUGUGUCCCCAUGUCUAAGUGUCCCCUAGGGGGACCCUGGGAGACAUGGGGACAUACACAUGGGAAUACUGGGGGACACAGGGAGACAUAGGACGUUGAGACACUGAUACAUAGGGUCACUGGGCUAAAUGGGGCACUGAGACACUGAGAUCUGGGGUAAUCGACACAUGGGGACACUGAGUCAUGAGGGGACUGGGAGACAUGGGGACAAUGGGAGACUUGAGACACUGGGAGCAAUCCAUCUAUACAGCAGAAUCAAACCAAGUAGGUUAUUUUACAGAAUUUUCUCUUAUGUCACUCCUUGUGAUUUACAUCAUGUGAUGUCACCCAUACAUAAUUAAUUUUGCAAAUUAGUAAGGCCGGCAUGUUUUUUUUCCAAGAAAGGUGUCAACCCUAGCUUCUUUUUACAUACUCUUGCUUAAGUAUGGAAACUUAAGAGGGAUGUAUGGGAACACAAUGUGUGUGGACUGGCUGACAAUAAAUAUAGUUAAGAUAAUGCUGACUUUGGUCUCUAACACUGUGGCAUAUUCUCUUUCUUCUACACUCACUACAUACAGCUUUUCUCUGUCCCAGACUAUAUACAGGAGCUUCUGCCUGCUAGUAAGAAGGUAAGGAGACAAGUGGACCAGCGAGUGCUAGGGGACAGUCCUUAGAAAGCGUUGAGCGAACGCAUCGUAAGAUGCAUUUAUGUCAAGCUCAGGGUGCUGUCUGCAUAGUAUGCACUUAGUUGGCCAGCCUGCAUGAUUGGCAGGCAGCCUGACAUGCAUUAAUGCCAGGCUGGCCUUCCAGUUCUUUGGGCAGACAUGCCCUCUUUUUGGGCAUGUUUGGCCCUUUUGGCAGGUUACGUAAUUUGUGUCAGUGGCACAUCCUUUUACCGUGCCCAUUGACUUCCUGCUUGACUGGACACUGCUGUUAGCUGUUAUGGAUUUACUUGAAAGAUGAAAACAUAAAUUAGAGAAAGAUUAGCAUAGGGUAUGUGUUUUCUUAUAGCUGCUUUUUUCUUUCCCCCCAGCACCAUCUCCAUCAGAUACAUGACGCUUGGAAAUGUUUGUGUUUUUGGUCGAUAUGAUUCUGUAAUUAGGCCCAUCAUCAUUGUCAGCACCAGGCCCACUGGGCUGUUAAUCUGGCCAUGGGCGGAGGGGGUUAAACCAUUCGAGACGUUUAACCCCUUAAGGUAAGAAUGCACCUUGGGGCUUCCUGGCACUAUAACAACUUAAUUUACAUGAAGGAAAAAAAUAGCUGAAGCUGUGCUUUCAGUUCAGAUACUUUGGCCUUAAAGGGGAAGAGUGCCAUUCAAUUCACAUUAAUCUCUCUGGCUGAGCAUAGUACGUACUCAGAGUAUAGCAUCACGAGUGUGGAAUUUAAAUAUUUUUAUAUCAUUUGUCUAAGGGACAAAAGUGGCAGCCCAAUCUAUAAUUCCAUCUACUCAUCCUGACGCACAAAAUAACUCCUUAUUGGGGACUCUGUCUAGACCCUGGAAAUUGGCCUUGUUAUUCACUAAAAUACGAACUAAGGCAAAAAAGAAAGCAUGCAUUCCUCGCUGUAUUUCAAAGGUUAGUUUAUUUACCUUAUACCAUGCAUUCCAGUCUCCAUGCCAAAGCUCCUCCUCCUUGGUUGAGAUCAUAAAUCUUGAUGAUCUUAGCCAAUCCAAUGCAUUCCCAGGGAAAAGCAUUAGGAGGCUAAUGUGCAUGUGCAACAAAACUCUGUACUGUGUCAAUCAAAUGGUCUCUAUGAGACCAUCUGAUAUAGCUGAGUUUUUUUAACUUGUGAUAGCCACUAGGGGCAUUUUAGCUCUGCAGUGUAAACAUUACCAUUACUGCAGAACAGCAAUGUUUUAAAUUGUAUGGAUAAAAUGACAGUGGCAUGGCAACCGGACCAAUUCAUUGAGAUGAACAUGACUGGGUGCCCAUAGUGUCCCUUUAGCCACACAGUCUUUUAUUUGUAUUUCUUUUGGAUGUAGUGAUACUGAUCACUUUCAUUUGGAUUGAUAAUUCUUGUAUUUCAAUUCUAUUCUACAGCAGUUAAACUCUCAUUAGAAUAUAUUUUAACUGCAAGUAUGGCAUGUAGGCACAUAAUGGCUAAUGGUAUUUUAUCCCCCAAAAAAGAUAAAAAUCCUAGAAACCCCAGCAAUUUGUAUGACAACCUAUUGUCAUUAGUUGGCAUGGCAAACCCAUAUAAGCAAAAUAAUAGUUAUAUUAUCUAGUCAAACCUUAUCUUUUCAGAUUUUUAUUAAAACAGAACUAUAAUAACAAUUAUCUGGAAAUCUAUAGAUAAAAGCGAUCCACAGCUUCUUAGCCAAAAGUAAUUUUGUCUUCUGGUAAUCCUUUUGUUACGGCACAUGGAUAAAAUGUCCAGGAUCAUUUUCCCUUUGCUUUAUUCCACGUUGUGGGAUGCACUUUCCUCCACUAAUAAAGUUCCGUGUGACUUUGUUUUAUUCGCUGUACUAACAAAAAUACAUGUGACACUUCUGCCGUGAUAUUGUAAACUAGCUCCAAAUACAGACAAGUUCACAAGAGGAGAAAUGAAAACACAAAGCUUUCUGCCAAACCAGCAGGAAAUCGUGUAAGACUGUUCCUAGCCAGGGAGGGUAUAAGGACAAAUCCAAUCCAAUCAGAUCCUCCAUGCUGUUGCUAGGUGCAUUUUUACUCUGCCUCCUUUUGUGAAAUCCAAAUGUCUUAGAGCAGCAUUCACUGAAUAUGCUGACCAUCUCUAGCAUAUGGAUUCUUUAAGAUAGUUUGUGUAGCUAAUUACAGGAGACUUGUUCUUCCACACUAAUGUUAUUUACUAUGGAAACAUGGGUCUGCAUAACAAAGGUGUGUAAUGAACGGGUUUUAUCCAGGCCUGCUGUAAGAAACAGGUGAUAUGUUUAUUGUUACAUUGUGUGUUUUUUAUUUUACAUUCAUUUCAGCUCCAAUAAGGGGCCACUAGUCUUUCUGGGGGGGAGAUGGCCUGCCGCCUCACUGCCUUGUAUUUGCUAUCUUUACAAGGAUGCUUUGUUUGCUGUUUUUUUGUAAUUUAAUUCUUUAAGGCAUGGUCAUCUCUGCUGUAAGGGAAUUUAAAAACAAAAGUUAUUUUAUUUAUUUAAAUAUUAAGGGUUUAAUAGGGGUUAAUGUAGCUUAGUGGUUGGAAAGGAAAACACUGUAAGCCAGACAAUCUGUGCCUUUUACUUUUUUUUGUAUAAACAUUUGUUUAUGUAAGUAUGUUUUUUUUAAUUUAUUUAUUUUAUUUUAGAGUUUGAUAGAAUGUUUACUCAGCUUGAUUGUGAUAUGUUUCUUGUGUUAAGAGUAAAUAAUGACAAAGCUGGGAGAAGGGGAAUGUUGUGUGUGUGUGUGUAUGUAUAUAUAUAUUAUUUUAAUUGGAUCUCUUAUGUCUAGUCUUAGCUGCACAGUCUUUUAUUUGUAUUUCUUUCGGAUGUAGUGAUACUGAUCACUUUCAUUUGGAUUGAUAAUUCUUGUAUUUCAAUUCUAUUCUACAGCAGUUAAACUCUCCUUAAAAUAUAUUUUAACUGCAAGUAUGGCAUGUAGGCACAUAAUGGCUAAUAGUAUUUCAUCUCUACAUUGUGCUAAUUAAAUUGCUAGAAGAUUAAUGGAUGCAAUUUAUUUGAUAUUGAAAAUUACAGAUUGUGCUGACAGAAAAAUAGGUAUGCACUACGGCUGUGCCAGUUAAUGACAUAAAUCUAAUUAUGCAUCCUCAUUCCCUGCUAGAUUUGCUAUGGGUGCAGAGACAUCAAUGGCCCCCGGGUCUCACUCUCUUGGCGACUACAUUGCUCUCUAUGAAAGUUUGGCAGAUGUGGGUUCCAUAUUCUACCAGAAGCUGUUGGGUAGCUUGUCAUAUAUUAUCAAGGUGGAUCCUAGGGUCACAGAUUAAAAAAAAAUGUAUGUAUUUUUUACACCCUCAGGUAGGCAUGGUCAUCUUACUAACUCCUCCUUUGCAAAUGUCCUGUCCAGACAUGCAUGUUUCUAUGACAACUCCAUCUAUAAAUCCCCUCUUUGUACUCUUUCACCCACUCUCACUGAUAUGACACACAAUGACAGAUAUGCUAUCACUGAUUUGAAACACACAUUGACACACACACAAUCUCACUAAUUUGAAACAGACUCUGUGACAGACACACACACACACACACUCUCGCCCACAUACUCUCUCCUUUACACAUUCUUGCCCACACACUCACUCACAUAGUAAAUUUAUUUCUUGUGGAUAUAUUAUGGUAUUUAAUUUUUAGGCCUAUCUAGCCUCACUACCUUUGGGAGAGUUAUGUGGGUCCUCUCCCUGGGGUUCCAGUGACUCCUGUAUUCCCCCAGUUCCUCACUGCUUCCUCGCGUGUUGUUUAUGCAGGAGUGACCUCAUAUUCCAGCUCUCUGCAUCACAGCAGAGAGGAACACCAGUGGCCCCUCUAUUAUGGAUACAUAUUUGUCUUCUACAAAUUAGUGUCACAAGCCGAUUUUAUAACUGCAAAUCUGUGGAAUUACAUCAGAACUUUAUAUAACGGGCCUCACUCCCCUCCCCCUGUCUGACAUGCAUAUUUUUAUGUGGCUGAUACAUUGAGUACAUUCAUGAUUGAACAAUCACUCAGUAGGUUAACCUAUCUGAAUGCUGAGCUGUUUGUACAUAUUAAAGUGGCGCAAUGUUGUAUUUUUAAAGGGACACUCCAGUUACCUCUUUUAUCUUGUAAAUUGUAGACUGUUUUGACAUAAUCUAAGACCAAUUUAUCUGUCUGUAAAUCCAUAAAAAUCGAAAUGAAGACGGUGUUUCUUGACUUUCACACUUCCUCUGUGUCUUUGUCAUGUAAGUUUUUGUCAACAUGCUGAAUUCAGCUGGGAUUCACUAUCUUUCAUGUGAGUGAGCAGCAUGCAUGAGUUGCUUCCAUUGAUUUCUAUAGUAGAACAGUGCUCUUACCAUUCUUUCCAUACUUUUCUAGAGAUCUCUCUAUAUACAUCCUAUUACUGAAAAUGUCUAUGUAUGCAAUGUGGACACUAAAGCAGAGUUGAAUUAUAUGUGAUAUGAAAUCCUACUUGGAAUAUCCCUUGCAUUAUAUAUGGAGACCAAGUUAAGAUACUGAGGUACCUCUACAAUACCGCUUUAUCUCUAUUAAUAACCUGUUCACAGUACAGGAGAGUUCCAAAAGAGAACACAAUGACACGUAAUAUAUAUUUUUUUUUUUUUUUUAGUAUAACACGCAGUGGUUUCCAAACUUUUUAGGUUCAAGGCGCCCUUAACCCCUUAAGGACACACCUUCUGGACUAAAAGGGAAUCAUGACAGAAUAUUUCCGUCAUGUGUCCUUAAGGGGUUAAUAUUUCAAUAUUUUUCCAAGGCACCCCAAGUGAAAAAUCUUUCUAGGUUGUACAUACAACGCUGCGUCUGGUAGAUUAUUUAAAGAAACAAUCCAGGCACAAUAACAACUACAUUACGUUGUGAUGGUGUGUUGGGGGGGGAGGGGGGUGGGCGCUUAUUGUGUGGGGUAGGAAGGCAAAUUAAUAAAUAUGUACUUUAUAAGUAUUUUUUUUUUUUAUUGCACAGUUUAGGCUGCCCUUUUUUGUUAUAUUGUUAUUGUCUAAGUAGAAAUAUUCCAUUGGCCUACAUUGUAACGAGCUGGAGAAAUCUGCAAACUAUAAAAAAGCAACAUCCUAGAGAGAUUUCAUUUGCUCCUAUUUUUUUUAUUUUGUUUUAAUUUUGUAGGUAUUGAUUGUUCUACAUUUCCUUCACUGUCUAAACACUUGCUCAUUACUUCUAUCCUCUUGAUAAUUAGUUGCGUUUCUCACUUGACCUUCCAACUAUUGGGGUUGGUUGAUUGCAUCCCUGCCCUGGUUCUGUGGAUAGAUUGUCAUUUAGCUUCUACCUUCGGGGUGGUGAUGUGAGUGGGGAAAUGAACUCUGAUUAAAAUAAAAACUAAAAUUUAAAAAAAAAAAGCAAAGUUUGUCUCUGAAUUCUUUAUUUUUUAAACUCUAGGUUUAAAUAUCUGCAUAUUUGUUUUUACAUCGUGGCAUGAUUUAAAGAUCCAACAAGAGAGCUAUUUAGGGUACAUACAGAAGCCAUUUGUUCCAUUAAAAGAUACAUGACAAGUCUGGAAUCUGCAUUAACUAUGGCACCACUCCAAAAACAAUAUAUGUAAGGGUAAAAUCUUGUUUUGGUAGGUUCGUUUACUAUUUUAUAAACUUAGCUUUUCUUUAGCCUUCCCCCCUACACAUUAGACAAAUCUGAAAUUUAGAACAAGCUCCUUACCAAAUAAAGUAAUAUAAAAAUUACAUGAAAUGUUUCCUAAAUUUCCCUAAAAAGAACGAUGAAAAUCCAUCGUUGUUGUGACUACUAUAGCAAAGGACACAUGAGCGUAGAUUAAGCAUAGUUUUUUUCCUCUUUUAAAUUUGUUUUAUUUUUUACAUUUUUCCUGCACAGCUGGGCUUUGUUCAGAAAGAGAGCCUUUCUAGGGCAACUUUUUAUGUACAGUGCACAUGUUACACUUUGCUGGAGGAUUGUACAUUUUGUUUCUAGAACAAAAUUCUCCAAUUAAGCAGUUUGUGUGCUUCACAUACAGUAUGUGGGCCAAUGAUAUAUUGUAUAACAUUUAGUCAAUGGAGCAUAGGGGAGCAGCUGAAGAUAGGUCAGCAUGAUUCAGCAAGCUAGCUAGAACUGGGAAGUAAAUACUGUUCUGUGCUCCUUGCUUACCCAGGUCCACCUAAGGUAUCUGUAAACCAGUUUGAGUAGAGGUUUUGAGGGUUUGUUUAGGACAUAAACCAUUCUGUUUGAUUGUGAUGAUUAAAUUUGGGCUGAUACUUAAUUGGUAAAAGAUCACUAGACAUAUGGAUUCUAUUGUAAAUGCAAAUAUGUUAGUCUUCUGCUCGAUUUUCUUUUAGUCUAUCGGAACCCAUUUAUCUGACUAAAGUCUAAUUUUUGAUUGGUUUGGACUCUAACAAAUCUAUUUACUAAACUCAAACACUGCGUGACUAUUUACAAUGGGGAUGCAGUAGGGCACUCCUGGCACCUUAACCACUACAUAGAUAUGUAGUGAUUAUGGUGCUUGGAGUGUUCCUUUAAGUUUGAAAUAUGAAUUUCAGCAUUUUAUUUUCUUGUUUAGUUAUAACACCUGAAGAGGUUAUUUGCUGAAGGGUAAUUUGUUUGGAAUUUAGUGUGCAUUUUUAAAAUAUCAGGCCUCUGUAGCCGAAUUGAAUUUGUUUUCAGUUUGUCUGUUUUGGCCUAAUAUGUAAAAUUGACAUUACAUUCCCGACCGUAAACUGCAUUUAGCAGUAACCUUUAUACUGCUUUAAAACUCUAGACUGUGGAUAUUUGAUAACAAGUAAUUGAUAUACAUACAGGAGAUGAAGCAGACCCUGCUCAAAAGACUACAAGACAGACACAGCAUUCCUUGGUGUCGCUCCAAUAACUUUUAUUCAGCUUGGUUAAAUAUACUGUGCCCCAAUUGUAAUCUAAUUCCCCUAGUUCUAGUACAGUAAAACUUUAUUGGUUUUUUUUGUUUAUAUAAUCCAAAAUAACUAGCAGUUCAUCUUUUUGUGCUACCCCUUGCCCAUGGUCCUGUGUUUUGUGCAGGUGUAACCACCUUUGUCCAAAACUCUUGUUAUAUUGCACAGCAGGGUUCUAAAAAGCAACUGUAUGACCGCAUUAUGGAUACAGCAUAAUGUUCCUGGAAACCUAAAGUGUAUUCCUACUGGUUGAUCCAAUUUUUACUCUUUGUAAACCCCAAUGUGUUUUUUUUUUUUUUUUUUGAUUGACAAAUUUUUUAUUUUAUUUUUCAUUGUCAGUAAGUAUAGACAUAGGUAAUGUAGGGAUACAGAAGAAAAAGGGAGUAGGGACAUUGAACAUCCUGUUUGUCAGACCCCAAAUUAACUAUGUACAUCGUCAGAUCUAGUCAUGCAGACAUCUAGUACAAUUAAACAAUUCACCAUUAUAUUCAUAUAUGUUAAUUCAGUUCCUGCAUGCGGAAGAUAUCUUGUGUGCCCUUUUGAUUACAUUUAUACGUGUAGUGGUGGUGGUGACAACAAAGUUGCCCGGUAAGUCUGCUCUUACAAAUAGGGAGUUUGGGGUACUGGUUAUAUGCAAGAGAAGAGAACAAAAAGAGAGGGGGAGAAUAAACUAUUUGGGGAGGGGGGAAAAAAAAAAACAAGGGGAAGGGGGGGAGUUUGGUCGGUUUGGUCGCAGAGUUUGCGGUCAAUUGGCUAGAUUGCGAUGCGCUUAUAUUCAGUUAUAAGGUUAUAUUCAAUUAUGAGGUUGUGGGACUGUUUGUAUGGUGCUUAGUCUUCAACUCCCAUUGAUUCCAUGCCAUAGCCCAGAAGUUUUUCUUUGUUUGCGCUUUCCUUGCUGUUGUUUCAUAUUUUUUGGUAGUUUCUAACACCUCUAUACAUGUUUGUAUACAGGGGGGUAUAUCUUUCAGCCAGUUCCUACUUAUGACGGUUAAUGCUGUAAUAAUUAUAUGAUAUGCCAGGUAUUCGUUCGGUUUCUGUAGUGUUUUGGGCCAUAUGAGUAACAAAUAAGUUAAUGGAGUAUGUGGUAGCUUGACGCCUGUGGUAUCCUCUAUGAGGCUUGAGACGUCUAACCAAAAUUUUUUCAAUUUCGCGCAUCCCCACCAGAUGUGGGUCAUAGGCCCAGGCUCCGCGCCACAUCGCCAGCAUGUAUCUGGUUUGGUAGGAUCUAUCCUGUGUAGCUUUGAGGGCACCAUAUACCACCGAUAUAGAAGCUUCCUGCUUAAUUCUAUGUGUGCUGUGUUUAAUGUGAGCGUUUUAUGUGCUCUCCGGGUCUGAAGCCAUUCAUCAGGCGUCAGUGUGUGGUCUAGUUCCUUUUCCCAUGUUCUAAUAAAAUUAGGUUUUUCUGUGUUUGUGUUGUGUUCAAACAAUCGAUAUAGGGUGGAUAGUAGUCGUGAUGGUGGUUUGCCCGCCAUGCAUAAGAUUUCUAUCUCAUUGAGUACAUAACCCCGUGUCUGGGAGUUGUCAUAGUGUUUGGUUGCCCAUGAUUUCAGUUGUAAGUACGAAAAAAAGAGUGUGGAGGGUAGAUUGUAUUUGUUGCGUAGCGAGUCGUAGUCACUUAUAUGUCCGUUUGUUAGUAUCUGUGAUAUGUAGGACACUCCAAGGGAGUUCCAGGUUUUGUAGUCAAAUCCUGGAAUCAAAACAUUUAGUGCCCGGAGUUGAAGGUUUGGGGAGAAUUGCGCUUUUUUGUUUUGGUUUUUGACCAGGUUGUCCCAUAUUUUGAGUGUAGCCAUAGUGGUUGGGCAUAUGUUUUGAUAUUGUGGCCUUUUGUCCCUAGGUAUCCAGGCUAGGGUGUGUAGUGGCAUGCUCUCGGUGUAUGCUGCUUCUAUUUGGGUCCAUGCAAGUGGCGUUUUGUGGUGGUAUGUGUUUACCAGUGUACUUAUCAUAGCUGCCUCAUAGUAUCUUGUGAUGUUUGGGACCCCCAUUCCUCCCAGUAUGAAGGGUUUGUAUAGAAUCUCUGCUGCUGUUCUGGCUUUUUUCCCACCCCAUAUAAAUUUAUUUAUGGAGCGCUGAGCGUCUAUGAGGAAUAAUUUUGGGAGAGCUAUUUGUAGGGUUCUGAAAAGGUAUUGUAGACGUGGCAGUACCAUCAUUUUUGCCGCUGCGAUUCUGCCCAUCCACGACACAUAUUUCCCCUUCCAGCCCUGCAGUUGCUUGUUUAUCUCCCGGAGGAGCUUCUCAUAGUUGGCCUGGUACAGUUUACGCGUGGUUGGCGUGAGUGAUAUGCCUAGAAAGGUGAGGUGGUCACGCCUCCAGUCAUAUGUAUAUGUACUCUGUAGAUGUUGGAGCCUUGGGUUUUUUAUAUUGAAGCUCAUGGCCUGGGUCUUAGUGACGUUUAGUUUGUAGUAUGAGCAGUUGCUAAAUUGUUGUAUUACUGUCUGUAGUAUAGGUAUUGAUAUCUCAGGUUUGGUUAGAGUCAACAUCACAUCAUCGGCAAAUAGCGUGAUUUUGUGCGUUACCUUGCCAAUUGUUAUCCCGUGUAUGUUUUGGUUUCCUCUGAUGUGUUGAGCUAAUGGUUCCAGAGCUAGAAUAUAUAACAGGGGUGACAGUGGACAUCCUUGUCGGGAUCCGUUCGAUAUUCGGAAUUGUCUGGAAGCGAAGCCUCCAUUUAUCACCUUCGCGGUUGGCUCAUGAUAUAAGGCCGAGACUAAUGUGAGAAAUCUUUGUGGGAAAUGAUAUUUCUGAAGUACGGCUUCCAGGUAUCCCCAGUGCAGCCUGUCGAAUGCUUUCUCAGCAUCUAGUGACAAGGCUACACUAGGUUCCCCAUUUUGCUGGAUGGUGUGGAUGAGGUCAAUUAGUUUUCUGGUACCAUCGGAGCCCUGUCUGCCUCUGAUGAAUCCCACCUGAUCAUUUUUUAUUAGAGAUGGUAAAAAGUUCCCCAAUCUGGUUGCAUAUAUUUUUGCCAUUAUUUUUAGGUCUGUGUUCAAUAAUGAGAUUGGGCGUAAAUUUGGGCAUUUGUGUGGUGGUUUGCCAGGUUUGGGUAGUGUUGUUAUGUGUGCAGUCAACAUCUCCUGGGGAGGGGUUCCAGUGGAUAGAAUAUGAUUGUAUAAAUUCACUAGGUGAGGUGCUAGCGUGUGGGAAAAGGUUUUAUAGUAUAGGUUCGUAAACCCAUCUGGGCCUGGGGAUUUCCCUUUAGGGAGCGCUUUUAUCGUCUGUUGUAUUUCACUAAGUGUGAUGGGUUUUUCUAGUUCUAGUUUGUUAUCCGAUGUUAGGUUAGUUAGUUGUACUUCUCUUAAGAAGUCUGUUAUGUUAGAUGUGUGAGGCUGAUAUGUGUUGCCGUCGUUUUUUAGGUUAUAUAACCCUUCGUAAUAGUCCGCCAUCAUGUUAUUUAUGUCCUGUGGGUUAUAAAUUUUGUUUCCCUGCUCGUUGAAGAGGAAGGGUAUUUUGGCGUUCAGUUGUUUCUGACGGAGUGUUGAUGCCAGUGCCUUCCCUGCUUUGUUUCCUUGUGUAUAUGAAUUGAGUUUUAGUCUAUGCAUGAUGUUCGUCGUCUUUACUAUAUGUGUGUCAUUGAUUUGUUUCUGUAUGUGUUGUAUGUGUUGUUGUCUGUCCGGUGUUGGUUGUAAGAUUUGGGCUCUAGUUUCAUCUCUAAGGGAUCUGAGUAGAUUUACAUACUCUUGAUUUGACUGGCGCUUGAGAAAGGAUGCUCUGCUUAUGAGAUGGCCGCGUAUGACUGCUUUAUGAGCUUGCCACACAGUGGCAGGUGAGACAUCGGGAGUGUUGUUUUGUGCAAAGUAUGUUAUUAUUUCUGUAUUUAGUUUGUGAGUAAAUUCCGGAUUUUGUAAAAGAGUGUCAUUCAAACGCCAGGGUGUUGUUCCCCUGAAAGCGAAGUUAUCUUUGAGUGUUAGCCCGACAGCGGCGUGAUCUGACCAGGUUAUGUCGCCGAUAUCGCUAUGGGUUGCGUGUGGUAGUAAGUCACCAGUGAUUAGUAUGUAGUCAAUCCUAGAAUACGUAUGGUGGACAGACGAGUAGAAUGUGAAUUCCCGGUCGGCUGGGUGUUGGGCCCUCCAGAUGUCAUAGAGUCCGUACUCCGAAAAUAGUCGUGUUAGUGCUGUUGUCUGUUUACAUAUGUUUUUAUAUCUAGGUGAUGUAUGUGGUAAGGUGGUGUCUAAUUUGGGCUGUAGUACGUGGUUGGCAUCUCCGCAAAUUAUUUGAGGAAUGUUGGACAUAGUCGGCAGUUUCGCUAGUAUCUUGUGGAGAAAAUUCUUCUGGUUAUCAUUGGGCCCAUAAAAGCUCGCUAUGAGAUAUUGUAUGUUGUUUAUGUUACAGUGCAGUAUGAUAUAUCUGCCUUGUGCAUCUUUCUUUAGUUGUAGGAGUUCAAAUGUUAGAGAUUUAUGAAUGAAUAUGGAGACUCCCCUUGAUUUGGAGGAGUAUGUUGAAUGAUAUUGAGUUGGGUAAUCCCUGUAGGCAAAUGUAGGGACUCUAUUGUGUACAAAAUGUGUCUCUUGCACACAAAGUAUAUCUGUUUUGUACUUUUGUGCUCCUUCUAGCAGUAAUCUACGUUUAUGCGGUGUGUUUAGCCCGCGGGUGUUAAUUGAUUGUAUCUUCAUCUACCAAAUACGGAUGUGGGGUGAUUGCUAGGUGUUGAGGCCUGCGGUUCAUUGGUUUGGUGUUUGUGGCAGGACGUAGUAUCAUGAGAGUUUGUGUUGGUGAUGUAAAGAUUUUGUGACAUUGCGAUGAGAUGAUAUGGGGUCCCAUUUUUCGGUGCGCGUUGUAUCUUGAACAUGCGCUAUCUAGUGUUGCGUUGGCAUAGGUGUAUCUUAUGUUUUUGAUUGGUCUAGUAGGGGUAUUAACAGGGGGUUUUAAACUUGGUAGGGGGGGGAAAACUAUGUACAUUAUGUCUCUUUGCGAGACAAGGUGUGGGAUUGCCACACCAUAGGGGUUGGAGUUGGUUGUUUUCUCCAUCUACGUGGCCUAUGGGCUGUGUUUAGAGGUCACUGCAUGAUGUGCUAUAUGCGGUUUGGUCGUUUGUAGCAGGGUAGUACACUUGUGGAGUCAGGUCGCUUCCCACCUGUGCGUUUCACUGUAAGCCCCGUGGGGUAUGCCCGUUUGGGGCAGAGGGCGGUCGUUUCAGGUUUGUCGUCCCCCGGUCCUAUGAGGGCGCUUCUAUUUUUUGGGCAUGCUUAUUGUCAGUUUGGGGAUCACGGAAGUCGUCUCCCUAUUGCUGGCCACUGUGUAUGUAGCUGGGUCAUAUCUAGUCAAUGUGUCAUAGCGUCCCUAUUCUCUCUGUUUGGGGAGGGGUCAGUUAGAGGGGACGAUCCUCGCUAGUCGUGUGUCCAUGUUAGUUUGCUUGCGUAAUUAUAGAGAAUGUGUCUCUAUCUUGAAACCCACGCAUUCCCAUAUCAAUGGUUCAUUACAUCUUCCCAAGUCCCUCCCCCCCCCCCUGAUUAAUUCACAGUAAGACUUUGAAAAAUCAAAACAUGAAAGUGGGACCCAUUUUUGGAGAAAAGGUAAGGGGGAAGCAGAAAUUUACCCAAGUCUUUCAAUCUGUGUGUCUUUGUGUGUCCCCCUGUGGCCCGUUUCGGUGCCCGAACCUCUACGUAGGGGCACCUGGGGUAGUGGUGUUUGCUUACCCGAAACGAUCCCUCAUCAAAGGCGCGGCCUCGGACCCGGGUCCCCCACAUCUAUGCCGCUGCUCUGCAUUGCUUCGUCACAGGGGAUGUUGGGAGCUCCGGGUCCAAGGGCCCCCCGGACCCACUCAGGAGCCGCUCCCAGCCAGAGGUGCAUCCCCAGACCCGGUCCCCCCGCCCCGCCCCGUCACGGGGGGGGUGGCGGAAGUCCCGGAUCCGGCGGCCUGCAGCACUCAACGGGGUCGUCCAAAGCAGGUUCGUGGUUAUGUUGGGGAGAGUAGUUCUUUAUAGGUUGCAUUCCCCACGUGUGGAAGUUACUUAGAGUGGUACGUCCGAUUUUGCCGGUAGACCAGGGAUUGUCCUGUAUUAAUGUUUCUUGUGGUUCAGUGUCCAUUCGGUUCUAAGUUUCCCGUCUGUCUUCGGUGUGGUCUGGGGUUCAGGUGCUACUGGUAUGUUCCAACCUUGUAGUUUCUGUUUGCCGUCUUCUGGUGUUUGUAUUACCGUCGUUUUCCCUUCUUGUGUUAUGAUGAGUUUGGUGGGGAAACCCCACUUAUAUCGGAUGCCCUGUGCUCUCAGCGUUCCUGUUAUCUGGGAGAACUCCUUUCUCCUCCGAAGUGUAGCUGCAGAGAGGUCCGCGUAUAUCCGGACCGCGGCAUACUCCUCCGGCGGCCUUGCUCGUGUUUUGCAGCUUCUGAGUAUAUGCUCUUUUACGUGAAAAUAAUGAGCUCUUAGUAACACAUCCCUUGGGACCGUAGGGGGGAGAUGGCGCGGUUUAGGGAUGCGGUGCAUCCUGUCUAUCAACAGCAUAUCUGUCGGUAUUUCGGGUGCGUGAGCUUUCAGACAUCCUCUAAUGUAGGAAGGUAGGUUAUCGCUGGUUAUUUCUUCAGGGAUUCCCCUUAGUCGGAGGUUGUUCCGGCGGGAACGGUCCUCCAUAUCUGUUAGUUUCUCUUCCAUAUUCUUUAGUUGUGUGGAUAGUUGUUCCACAUUGGUGGCUAGGUCAUUGUGUGCCGUAGCAAAUUCAUCGUAUUUAUCCUCCAUGUUUGUUGUCCUCCUUCCCAGUUCCUGGAUAUCUUUUUUCAAAGAAUCUGCGGUAUGUUGCCAUGUAGUUAUUAGCUUGGUUGAUAGUAUCUCCAGAGCAGCUGACAGAUCUGCCUUUGUGAUUUGUGUGUCGUGUGCUUGUGUGCUAGAUCUUGAGCAUUGUUUGCCGUCAUCGGAAUCAGGAUCCUCGGUGUCAAGUGAGGCCUGUUCCGCCGGAGCUGCGGACGACGUUUUCUGGUUGAAAAAAUUAUGUUUUUCGGGUUUCGCCGAACCCCUUUUGUUCUUAUGUUGGGACAUCUUUGUUGAAGGUCGCUGGAUGCAGUUUUUGUUAUUGGGAUUGUCACAGAUUAGGUGCCCAUGUGGCAGAGCAGAUUUCUAUGCGGCCAUCUUGCUCCGCGUAGGCCACGCCCCCAACCCCAAUGUGUUUUAAUGUGCUUUUUGCUCCAUUUAUUCUUUCACGCUCUGCCUAUAUUAUGCAAUGCCCAAUAUGUACUGACCAAGGAAUUUCUUCAAACCUUAUUUUAUGAUUUUCCACUUUUAUUUAAUGAAUAACUAUAUUAGAGAGUGGUGUCUGUGUAUGUAUGUAUGUAUGUAUAUAGAAACAUGAAACAUGUAAUGUUUUUGAUGCUUUCUAAUGGAAUUCCGCAAAACUGCUGUGUGUGUAUAUAUAUUAUCUCUAUAUCUAUAUAUGUAUCUUGUGGUAGUAGACAAGGAACGAAAGGCCGCAGUCGUUGUGGAUGGGGCAAUACCCAGUGACUAUAACAUCAGGAAGAAGGAACAUGAGAAGGUGGACAAAUACCAAGGACUAAAAGAAGAACUUGAAAGGAUGUGGAAAGUGAAGGCAGUAGCAGUCCCAGUUGUGAUAGGAGCACUCGGGGCUGUGACUCCCAGGUUGGGGGAGUGGCUUCAACAGAUUCCAGGUGGGACAUCUGAGACCGCUGUCCUGAAGAAUGCAGAAUGCACAGAACCCUCAGCCUUUGGUAGAGGACCCGAAAAUUAGGAAUAAACAUACCACCCAGGAGGGGGUGCGAAAAUCAAUAAAAAAAAACAAAACACAAACACAAAUUUAUUUUUUGUUUGUGUAUAAUUGUUGUAUAAAUUGUUUGCUUACUGAUCUAAAAUAGGGUGUGCUGCCAUUUUGACUAAUGUAAUAUAAAAUAUGGCUUGACAAUUUUUUUUUUUUUUUGUUUUUUUUUAAAUCUAGGAUCCAGUUUUUUUUAAAAAACUAAUUCUAAGUUUAAUGUUCAAUGAGAAAAAUUUAAUUCUUAAGGGACACUAUAGACACAAGAACCACAACAGCUUAAUGUAGUUGUUCUGGUGUCUAUAGCUGGUACCUGCAGACCUUUCAAUGUAAACACUGCCUUUUCAGAACUCUUCUCUGCUCCUUCGCUCUCUGUAAUGAUGCCGGGGCCGGAGUGACGUCAUGUACUGACUCCCAUCAUCAUUAAACAGCAAGAGGGAGCUGAGAGGAGCUGCAGGUAUAUUACUGCUCCCUCGCGCGCUGCCUACAAUGCCCCAGUGGGUGAGCGGCCUACCGGACACCUUAAAGGUCUGACAUCCCAGGCUCCAGGGCAUAAUGUCUAGUCGCCAUGGCGACCUGGCGCCAGGGAUUUCCUUCUGUUGCUGUAAGUCAUUUUGUCUUGAAGCAUUUAGUUUGUCUUGACCCAUAAAAAAAGUUUUAGAAAUUUGAAAGAAACAAUCACUUUUAUCUGCUGGGAAAAAAAAAGCUUUAGUCUUAAAAGUAGCCUGCACUAACCUUAAAACCAGCUUCACUAUUGCCACAAGGUUUGCAAAUCGGGUAUAGCACCAUUAUUAGGUUCUCAAGGGACAUCAUUACUUUCACCCUUCUGUGGAUCUUGGUCCUGCACACCUAGUUCAGAACUUUAAAUACGAUUUUCUUCUAUCUACCAGUCUGACCGAUCUAAUACAACAUGGAAUUCACACACCCCCCCAAUACAAUUAUUUCUUUAAUAAUUUGUGUGUGUUAUCUUGGCAAAACUUCAGGUUAGUUUCUAGAUUAAGGCCAGCUUGUUUAAAACUUUAAAGGGUUACUCCAACCAAAAUACAAUAUUUCCACGAAACACUGCUUCUGAUGAGAGCUUACCUCUGUACCAGCACAGAGGCCAAGCUCUCCCUACAGCCCAAUCUUACUUUAGUUGAUAUCAUUCUUUCUUGCUGGAGGGAGACUAAUUUUAGGGAGCGCAGGCUGAAGAGAGGACAUGGGCAGCACAGAGUGGUGGGGGGCAUGCAACUACUGAAUGCCUGUCCAAUAUGCACAGAAUUGACGUUGGCCCCUGGAAUUCUAGUUUCUGGGCUGGCAAACGACGUCCCGACGAUGCUGCAGAAGUUUAAGUUACAGCUUUUACAGGUUAUACUCUACAGUUUUUCAUACAGAAUCCCUGCACCUUGCUCACUUCAAAUGGUGCUUGUAUUAACCCUUUAAGACUCGCCUCACACUCAGAUUCAUAAAUCUUCCAGCAAAAAACAAAACCUAAAUUUUUAAAAAUAUUAUUUUGCAUUUUAAUAUCACCUGCACACAGUGCAUAGAGUUAAUAGACCUUUCCUUUGGAGACUGUACAUUUUAGUAUUUUUUUUUGUUUUGUUUCACAUAUCAUUUUUCCCCAGACAUGGCAGCAUCGUUUUACGCUGAGCCUUUUAAAAACCUUUUUUUUUUUUUUUCAAGAGCAUACUUUUCCCCUUCCCAAAAUCCAUUUUACUGUUUAACGGAGUGUGUUUCACUCUGUAAAUACCUUGGGGAAGAAGUUGAUUGGAUGAAUGGAUUAAUUACUUCACCACCAAUGCAUCCUUAGUAUCUGCAAUUAUUAGACUUCAAGCCUUGACUGCUCUCUAAUCUCCAGUGGAGAAUUAGCGCAGCCUUUGAGGUUAAUUCCUCUUUGCCCUCUUUUUAACUAAUUUCCCUUCUGAAUAGUCAUCCUUGCUUUUACUGACAUUACUGAUAUUUGAGAACUUGCUUUAUAUAUUGCUGUGCCCUGUUAUAUGUCCUGUCCUACUGCCACCAAUUCAGUCAAAGUUUUACAUUGUGUACGCUACUUCACAAAAUGCAUGGGUCUGUGUAUAAAAUACACUGUUCCAUUCAUUGGGGCCUGCACCACUUUCCCUUCCCUGUGAAAUCAUAAGAUGACUUGAUAAAUAUAAUGGAUAUCCUUAUUUUAAAGGAACGCUAUAGGGUCAGAAACCUAAACAUGUAUUCCUGACCCUAUAGUGCUAAACCCACCAUUUAGGUGGCUUGUCCCCCAUUUAGCCCUCUUAAAAGUAAUAAAAACUCAAUCAAUGAACACUUGAAUCAGUGCAUCUCUGAGGGAAAUUCAGCGUCCCCAUGCAUAGCGUGGAGACGCUGAAUGGCAGUGCGGCCUACUAUGCAGCACUGAGCCAGGAAGCACCUCCAGUGGAAGCACCUCCAGUGGCAUAAUGACUAUACUCACCAGAACAAAUACAUUAAGCUGUAGUUGUUCUGGUGACUAUAGUGUCCCUUUAAUAAUCAUGUUGCUUUUCUCUUCUGAGAAAAAAGUGGGGAAUAUAUGCUAAACUGGUGUUUGGGGAUAAAUGAGAGGAAAUAGAAAUAUUUUUUAAUUCUAUUAAUAUUUUAGCUGUUUUGAUCUAAAAUAUGCCUUUUCAGUUCUCCACAAUAACCAAUUCAGUGAAUAUAUUCUAGAUUUGUACUUCUGUGAUACACUAUACAUGGGUACUAAUAGCCAGUUUAAUGUAGUAGUUCUGGUGUCUAUAGCAUGUUCCUUGCAGACCUAGCACUGUAAACACGGCUUUUUCUCAGAAUGGGCAUUGUUUACAUUGCUGUCUAGUUACACCUCUAGUUGCGGUCACUCAGACGGCCACUAGAGGUACUUUCUAUCACACGUUCUGCAUGGAGCUGAACAUUUCCCAUAGAGAUGCAUUGAUUCAAUGCAGUUCUAUGAGGAGAUGCUGAUUGGCGCAUGCGUAAUAGCCUCCUAAUGCUUUCCAAUGGGAAAGCAUUGGAUUGGCUGAGGUUAACAAAAUUGAUUUCGGCCACAGAGGGUAGUGAGUAAAAUCCCCUUUAAUCUCUGGAGAGUGGAGAGCAAGGACCAGAGGAGAAAAAUAUGUCUAUGGAGGUUCUUUCUGUCUCAAGAUCAUCAUAGACACCAGGGUUGCACUCUCAGAUGAAGUGCCAGGAGUUGGAGGACCUGAUGGAAGAAAGCAGAAACCACUGUGUAGAAGAAACAAAAAUAUUUAGGUUAAGAAAAAAAACUACUGGGCAACAGCACUCGAAGCAGAGCAAUCCAUUUGGGGUCUUUGCAAAAUAUGCAAAGACUCCAUAAGCUGAUAGCCACUUUGAUCAAUAUGGCUCUGCCUGUAUACAAUGAUAUGAUCGACAAGUUAGGCAAGUUAUUGAAUGAAGUCUGCAAUGGUAUAGAAAUAGCAGUGUUACCAUUUGCUUUGUAAUGUUUAAUAUUCCUAGAGGCAAAAGUACCAGUUUGUCAUAUUAAUGCUAUCUAAAGCCAAGGUUAAAGUGGGCGAUUACAGGCAUGUGGCAUAUAAAGUGAAAAUCUGAUAGAGUAGUUUGUAAGCUACUGUGGACAUGAGCAACUUUUCUUAUAAGCACUCAGCCCAAGUACUUCUGCUUGUCAUCCUACCUCGUCCAAACAUCCAGAGCGAGUAUAGCCUGUUCAACGGUUUCCACAAACUUCAACUGAGACUUGAUGAAGGGUGAAACAAGAACAGUUUUAUUGAACACACGCGCAUUUUUAUACAGCUUACAAUGUAUAUUUUAUCCUCCAGGAAGUGAUCAGAGUAACAAUUGACCAUUCCCUUAUCAGUGCCACUAAGUCUGACCCACAGCCAGUCAGUGCACAGGGGAACACAGCCCUAAAACUCCCUUCCCAAUACAGAAACCUCCACAACCAAUACGUCCCUGAACAGCAUAUACCUCCAUUUACCCACUGUCCAAAAGGCGCCCUGAUUCCACACACGGUGUCCUAUCGCCACUUGGGUAAAGUUUUGACCAGCAGCGACCACGUUCUGAACCGGUGUAUAGUUCUAGGCGGCUGGCAUGAACGUCUGUUUCAUCCUGCUACCAGGGUGCUACAGCAACUGGGUGGAUGGCAUUCUGGGCCCUUGAGUAUGCCGCAUCUACUGAAUAAAAGAAGACUUUAGGAAUGAUGACAGUAGUCUUUUUAGUGCCUUUUAUAGAGUUUUAUAUGACCGGGUCUAUUGUCAGUAGGGAGGAUGCUGGCCUACUACUAAUUGAUGAGUAAUGGCUACUAUAGGCAGUCCAUCCCAGAGUACUUUGGUUGAAGACAAUUCAAGUUAACAUGAAGAAGUGCUCUGUUUUAAAUGACCUCAUCAAAUAUCCCCCUCAAGGAAGAUGGUGGUACUGACAGUAGUGUAGCUUCAGUUUUAUGUGUCUGUCUCAUUUUUCGUUACGCUUACAUCUUCUACAACUGAAUGCUUUCCUAUUUGUAUUGUACAUCCGUUUUCUACCGAUUAGCACAAGUGAUACAGUUGUCUGUCUUUAAACAAUUGGUGGACCGAUUACAAAAUAGAACUACUUAUUCUUAGUGUGCCUUAAAAUGCCUUUGGGGAAUGGGCACAUAAGAUAACAUAGAAGCUAAAUGAAAAUAUCAAUAGCUUACUGGAAAAAUGCAACCCCUGUAACAUAGACCCACGAGAAAUAUAUAUGUAUAAUGCUGCAUUUAUGGAUGCAAUUAUAUAAUUUUUAACGUAGUGUUAACUGUUGUUGAAAAAAAUGAUGUUCUUUGUCAAGAGUGAUUCAUAACAUUUUACUGUAACACUAGCACUUUUGUAACAUGCUUAGUCAGUCUGUAGACUCAUAAAUAUUUUUUUCCAUAAAACAUAGGCUGUGUUAGAUGCCCACUCAUUAUGUUCUUUGUAGAAAUUAAUUUGCAUGAAUGUGUGUUCUAUAUGUACCGGUAGCUCUUGCAAGCGUAGAUGUUUAUGUAGAGUAUGGGUAGUCACGUCGGAAACAUGUUUGUAAAAUGUUAAUACUUUGAAUGUACACUCCUUCAUCUGUUACAGCAGUUCCCAAAACAGGCCUCUAGGCCCCUCAACAGGCCAGGUGUUAUCAAUGUCACCUUUGGAAAAGAACUAGGAAAUAAACAACAAUCAUUGAUGUGCUUACAUUACAGGUUUUUACUUCCUUUAGAGCCACGCACAUACACUGUAUAUAACUAGUGUGUGUGUCGGUCUGUCUCAGAGGUGUGGAAAAAAAAUCUCCUUGUCCAAGGGACUAAAGCAGUAGCCCAAUCUACUUGUCUUGUAAUGCCCAAUAAUUUCAUAUUGAGGUACCUGUCUAGAGCCCUUGACAUCGACAGGGUCAUUCACUAAACUGAAUUUUUGCAAAUUAAAUCCAAAUGUAAAAACUGAGACAAAAAAAGCUGAUCUGGAAAAUUCACAACUUUUUUGCCUCAGUGUUUGCCUUCUGAUUUUAAUUUUUAAAAAGAUUUAGUCAAUCCUCCCCAAACAAACACCCCUGACCACAUUCGAUCACUUCCGCUACAUACAGAUUCACAGCUUUCUCAACGAACCACAAAAUAGGACGGCCGCCACUACCAAACCAACACAAUUCGAAAAUACAUGCCUCCACGCACCCAUACAGAAAGGACAAAUCACAAAAAUAUACUCACUCCUAAACUCAAACUCCCCAGAGGAUGCACUCUCCUACACCAAGGCCUGGGAAAGAGAUAUAGGCCCCCCCGCAGACCCUACAGACUGGGCAGACAUAUGGGAAGCCACGGCCUCACUUACCAUUUGCGUUAAUCAUAAAGAACAAGCCUAUAAAACCCUACUCAGAUGGUACCUCUCACCGCUCAGACUGAAACAAAUGGGCCUCGCCACCACAGACACCUGCUGGAAAGGCUGCACACAGAAGGGCACUUACAUUCACCUCUGGUGGGAAUGUCCCCAAGUCCUACAAAUAUGGGAAAGAGUGAGCACGCUCGCGUCAGACAUAUUAGAAACAGAUAUCCCAAGAGACCCCUGGAUAUGGCUGCUCUCAAAACCCCACCCUCCCCUCACCAGAGCGCAAAAUAAACUAGUGGCCAGAUUAGCGUUAGCUACCAGAAGAACAAUAGCAGAACAAUGGGGCAAUCAGAAUACACCCCAACUAACCACGAUGAUCCACAAAACACAAGAAACAAUGGAAAUGGACAAACUGUCCGCCCUACUACACGACACAACUCGAAACUUCCACAAGAUAUGGGACCCAUGGACCCAACACCACCUACAGGCACCGUAAGCGGAGGACCCGGGAACAAGCCGCGAUCCCUCCCCCCCCCAAAACCAGACCCCCUACUAAUAACACACUGGGACCCCACAUAGACCCCCCCAACCCUAUACACAUACCCCCCCCCCCACACCAACUUCACGAUUCAAUGCACAAACACAAGACUGGGGAACUCGCCCAACAUUUAACAAAAUACCACACUCCGCACAACCUGACCACCAGCAGUAGAUACGAAUAUAAGAGGACAACCUCAGACACUAGGCGUAGACCCAGAUCUCAUCACACUGGAAACCCUCCACAUCUACAGCCUAUAUGAGGCGACCACCCAUGGGCUGAGACCACCAAACUCCCACACGGACCCUACCCGCACUCAAAACAGACACACCAACCCAGACCCAAACAGAAACGAAAGAGACAAAACCUGACAAACACAACACAGGAAGAGCCACAUACGCUCUCAGAGACAAAAACGACAGGACCCGAAGCCAAGUGACAACCUCCACCUGAGACAUAGAAAACUGUACCACUUAACCUAGAAGACUGUUCUGAGGUUUCGCAAUAAAUCGUACCAAUGCCAUUGAGUCGAAACAAAACUGUAAAGCUAUUGAAUGACACUACUACCCUACCCCUACCUUUAUUCUGUACCCUUUACCUCACCUAAACCUGAAAAAUAAAGAAUUUAUAAAAAAAAAAAGAUUUAGUCAAUAACCCGGGGUAUUUCACCCUUUGUCCCCCAUAGUGGGUGUGUGAGUGCUUGGCUGUGUAGACUGUGUGUAAUAAGUUGGGUGUGCACCUGGUGUGUAUGUAUUGAGCCCCCUUUGUCUCUCACUCCAAACCCCAAAUAGUGUAUCUGUCAUAUCACUUCCACCAGUGUCCCUGCCCUUAGCCCGCAUUAGUGUCUCUGCCCCCACCUUACCCUGAUGUCUUAUAUAAACCCCUCAGAACGCAAAACCCCUGGACAAUGAAACAAACUGUGAAUUAGUUUUUUUUCUUCAGUGAUAAAAAAAAAAAAGCUUUUUACACUUAUUUUUAAAUAAGGGUUAUCAAUUUUGGCAGGAUCAUUAAUCCGUUAAACCCUUGCAGAAUAUUAUUUUCCACAAUGCAUUAACAUGAUUUUUUUUUUUUUUCUACUUUUUUUUUUUUUAAAUUGGUUUUGUCUUUCUUAGAAAUGGUCCUAAAGGCAACAGCAAAGUAUGCAUCCAAAACCUAUAUUUUGGCACAAUAAUUAUAUAAGGAGAUUGGCCUAUACUUUAGCCCUCUGGGGGUGGUGCAUUCGUCCAAAGCCCUGUAUUCUUUGUAUUUAUUAUUAAAUCUAUCCAUUUAUUUGAAUUAAGUCUAUUUAAUAGUAAUACAGGCAACCUGAGUAGCACUAAACAUGAACUGUAACUUUAACAGUCUAGUUUGUAUUACAUAAUGGUUCAGUACACAUAUGAGGUAUAUGUUUAAGUGCUCAGAAGGUCUUUAAACAGUCAGGAAUAGGAAUAAAGCUUGUCAUGUUGGUUCAGUCUUUUUAUCUUCAUAGCCAAGGAGUGGGGUGAGGGUGAAUGCCUGUGGCUCUUUGUGCAUCCCUAAUAAGACACUGUGACUGAAGUGGGGGCAUGUCAGCUCAGCAUGACUGCUUGCUUUGGAGGACUGCCCCAUGAAAAGAACACUCCUGAAAUCCUCUACAUUGACAAAAAUUGUCCCAGAAAUGAAAUAUCUAGGACCACAGAAUUGGAGGCCCAAAUCAGGACUCUCCCACAGAAUCUGGGUCAGGUGGAAUGUGUAGUAGUUGUAGUAGUUUUUUUUUUUUUUUUUUACUGAGUAGCAUUUUAAAUCAUUCUAGCUUGAGUACAUUGUCCCUUAGGGCAGAUGCACCUUUGACCCAUUAAUGACCAGUUCUAUACUUUCUAUGUCAUGUUAAUUAUAGGGAUUAGCCUAAAUCCUCCUCGUUGUUGUGGUGUGUGUGUGUAUGUGUCAAUAUAUUAACGUGUGUGUGUGUCUGUCAAUAAAUAUUAACUUAAAUGGACAGAAUAUGAAUUGCUCCUUAAAUAUUCUGAAUUAAAGUUACAGUGCUUAAAAGGUAAUACUUUUUCUAAAACCCUGAUCUCCCUUUAUGAUCUCACAUUUUUGUUUUGUUUUGCUUUACUCCUCAUGGUCAUUCAAUGCUUACAUGGACAACAAUGUUCUUUCAGUUUGUAUUGUGCCUGCUAACAAGCUUAUCAGUAGACAUGGAAUCUUUUUUUACAUGGAGAUGAGACUUCCAGUGCACACAGGCGCUGGCUUUUGUCCCACCCUGCCCAAUUUAUAUUCUUGCUCUAGACUUGAUGGAAGUCACUGGAAAACCCUGUUUACUUAGCCAUUCAAGAUACAAGUGCUUUGAGUUUCUGUGGCAAUCCAAAGCCCUCUGUAAUCCUAAUUUUGUUUUGCCAUUUUGUAAGACCGUAUCUUCUGUGUGGACUGAUGAGACGUGCCUGGACACCCCAACAGUGAGUUUAGACCUGGAAUGUGAAAUUCAGGAUGUGUUCUCAAGGGUUAAAUACAUCCUGUAAAUUAAUGUAGAAUGUCAAAAAGGGGAAGGGGGCUGUUUUUGUAUUCAUUUGUUUUUAAAAAACUUUUUGGAUGGGUGGGUUCUCUACUUCCAGGAGUAACAUUCUAAGAGCCAGUGUGUGUGUGUGUGUGUGUGUGUGUGUAUAUGUAUGUAUGUAUGUAUAUAUAUACAUGUUCUAUAUAUGGUAUUGUUGUUUAGAUCUAUUUCAUAGCAUAUAAAACUCAUUGAGCAGGUCUCAACCCCCUUCUGUUCCUAAAAGCAUUGCUGGUUGCAAUUACUUAGUCCACCCAUUGUACAGCGCUCACGAAGAUUUGCUAUAAAAAUAAUACUGAUAUAUAUAGAACAAGGGUGGGUGUGUGUGUGUAUGUAUGUAUGUAUGUAUGUGUAUAUGUGUAUAUAUAUAUAUGUAUAUAUAUAUAUAUAUAUGUGUGUGUGUGUGUGUGUGUGUGUGUAUAUAUAUAUAUAUAUAUAUAUAUAUAUAUAUAUAUGUGUGUAUAUAUAUAUAUAGGCACAUGCAUAUGUGCAGCAUUGCUGGAGAAAAUUCUAAGCGCACGUGUUCAUACAGAUUUUCUCAUUAGAUGCCAAGUGUUCAUGAGCACACCAGAUGCAUCAUGAGCUGAUUAUGUUGUCCAUAACGCGUAUGUGUAGAAGAAAUAAAAAAUUGUCUUUGUGUUUAUUUGUUUUUUGCCCCCUCUGCUUUAUUCACUUAGGUAAACACUACAUUUUUUAGUUGUGGAAUGAGCAAUAAAUAUCUGUCACUUCUGUGGAUGUGACCUUUUUGUUUUCAUUAAACCCCAUUUACUUUACACUGGGAGUGAUACAAUGGUAAUAAAAACAGCUGUUCUAGAGGUUAGUCUCCCAUGAUUCUUUGCCAACCCAAAGGCUGCUGAAGGACCAUGGGAUUUGUAGUGCUAGCACUGCAAGGGAUCUUCUUUUUUUUUAUUUUAUUUUUUGGCCACUCACAGAUCAGAUUCAUUAUUCCCUUUUCACUGCCUGUUUGUCGCCUAUUAUGUUUUGUUUAACGAUUUGUACAUUGCUGAUUCAUAUGUCAGUGCAUUACAAAUACAAUCUGUAGGUUAAACAGUUUUACACCCCAAGUAAUAUGCUUUUGUAGGAUGGUGACUUAUUUUGCGCUCACGCUUUUUAUUGCAAAUUUGUGUUUCAAGACUACAGGGCAACCCUGUUUUUUUUUUUUUUCUCUCCUCCUCUCUCUCCAGUGCCAUAUAAAUAUAACAGCUGCUGCCUGCUAUGCAAUCUGCUUAUAUUGGGUGAUUAUUCACUGCUUAAACAAACUAUGGGGGUGACGUAGGUAGACAGUGUGUAUGUUUGUGACUAGGUGACAUACAGAAUUUGAGUAAGGGGAGUUACAAUAGUGUAACUGCAACAGAAACAAUCCUCCUCUUUUGCUGGUUAACCCUUUUGUCAUACUAUCCAUCGUAGUUACUCAGACUAAAUGAUAUAAUUUGUUCAGGUGCUUUAGAUUGAUCAGAGGGCAAACAUUUGUCAUGGCAAAUUACUGUAGUGAUCGUUUGUUUCAGAGGAGAAGGGACAGAUACUGUAAAAGUGGUCAGUCACCUUCCCCAUUUCGGCAAUUACAAAAAACUUACAGGAACGAUAGGUUGAAGAGGACCCUGCUCAAACGAGCUUAUAGUCUAUAGGAGGUGGGGUGUAAAACACGACAAGAUGAAAAUCAUCCCGUAAAUUAAAUGGUGUAGAAACGAUGCUUUUAAAUUGUGAAACUGCACUUUGAUUCAGUAACGUCACAGACUAUAGAAGUGUAAAAAAACUAAUCUCAACUCUGGAAGAAAAUGCUUUUAAAAUUGUGAAUUGCUAAUAAACCAACCUUCAGGUUGCAGGUUCUAUUCCCAGCAGUUUAAAUGUUCGUCCUUUAAUAUCCAUAAAAUGAGUACCAUUGAGGUAGGUAAUAGGAACGCUAACCACUAAUUACCAGCUGUUGAUUUUGGUUGGCACCAAGAGACUGUGCAGAGUUUUUUGAUAGAACCAUUAUAAAUAGGCAGAAUAUUCUUAGUAAAAAAACAAAAAACAAAAAACUCUUCUAACCCUAUAUUCUGGUAAAAAAAAAAACCCAGUACCUAAAGGCAUAAUAUAGUGUCAGGAAUACAAAAAUGUGUUAAACUGUUUAGCUCCCUCGCCCCCCUCACAGAUCACUCCGAAGAGGUAUUAUACAUACUUUAUCUCCGUGCCCGGCUGGCCCCACCUCCAUUGCUUAGAUCAUAAGUUUUCAUGAUCUCAGCCAAACCAAUGCUUUCCCAUAGGCUAUUGUGAAUGAGAUACCGCACCAGUCAGCAUCUCCUCAAAAAAAUGCAUUGAAUCAACGGAUCUCUAUGGGGAAGGUUCAGUGCCUCUGUGGAGAUGCUGAACACUAUCUUGCCCAUGAUGACAAAGCACCUCUAGUGGCCGUCUGAGUGGUAGCAUCUAGAGGUGUUACUAGGCAGCAUUGUAAACACUGCCUUUUCUCGUAUAUCGAAACGUUUGCGGGAACAGGCUAUAGACUCCAGAACCACUAUAUUAAUUUGUAGUGGUUCUGUUGACUACAGUGCCCCUCUAACCUCUACUAGUAUAAGAAUACACCAUACUAAUAACCUAUGGUGUUGUAAUUAUUUGACUGUUGUGGAUGAAAUGUUCUGCCAAAAACAUUGUAAGUAAAAUGAAACUAAGAAACAUAUUAGAUUCUAGAGCUGCAAAUAUACGCAUCAUUGUGUAAUGCAUAAGAAGCCAUGCCAGCUGCUGCCUAAUUUUCUGUUGAUUGUCUAUAAAAUCUUUGUACUAGCUCAGACCGGAGCCUGUACAGUAACAAAGGCUUCUUUGUAAUUUUUGUUUUGUUUUUGUUAUGAAUUCUUUUGUUUCUCCCUGCACACAAGACGUUGAAAAAAAUUAAAACAUAAUAAAAAAAUGUAUUAAAAUAUAUAUUUAUAUAUUCAUUUAUUAAUGCCCUAACUCUCUGAACACAUAUAUAUAUAUAUAUAUAUAUAUAUAUAUAUAUAUAUAUAUAUAUAUUAACAUUAACAAAACUACUACUUCUUGUCCUGUACAUUUUUUUUGAAAACUAUUUUUAGCAUUUGUCCUCACAUCCACUACCUCUGUCCUUCUGGUUGUCUGCAUGUCACAAAGUAGAAAUCUAUUCGGCAAGCUCAAACCUAGUUUAAUAUUAUUCACACUCUGUAAAUAAAGCUAGCUAAUACUCCCCUUAAUUAUUGAUUUGGUUCUUGAAUUAAAAGGACACGCAUCACUUGAAUUUUUGUUUUUAAAACCAGUAUCCGUAUUUUCAAAUUCUUGCAUUCAGCCAUAAAGGGAAGCUGACCGUUCACAGCAUUUCUAAUAUUUAUACCGUAGUUGUUAUAUUUAACAAAUAUCUAGUUGUAAGGUUAGAAAAUUAAAUGUAGAAAUCAACACUCUAUCUUACAAAUGGAUGCCUCCAUCUUUGCCCCCUUUCCAUCAGUGUUAUAAGCUUGGUGUUUUGCUCCUGGCAGUCAGUUAAAGGGGAACGAUCACUUUUCUGAAAUGCACAUUAUUGAAUAAAACAUUGAAAAUCACCUAUAACUUAUAAGCGGCUUUGUCACAUUUAUUAUUUAAAAAUAUAUAAUUAUUAUAAAAUACUGAUUAAGACUGCGUUGGAAGUGGGGAAUACUUUUGUCUUCUGGACAAGCCUAAUGUACACAAAAGGAGGAGCUCCUAUGUAAACUUUUGUCCAAUCCCAGCAGCUGUCACAAACGAUGGCUAUGGGAUUCAUGUUUUCUCUAUGGAGGAUUCCAUGGUCUAAGACCCUCACUGGAUCUGUCAUUACAGAGACCCCAAAAUUGACAGAUCUGCUUUAACCUGUCUAGGCAAACAUUGCAAAUCAUUGUUUCAGUUAUCCUUUUCUUUACACUUUCUCUAUGUUGAAUGCUAGGUGAAAAGGAAGAGAGCAAAUAAAAUUGACGGGGAGAUAGGAUGAGGGUACCAAAUUGCAUGAUAAAUAUGUUUAAUUCAUACAUUUUAUUUUUCAUACCUUUAUAAAUACAUAGUAGUUGAAUAUCUGGUAGUAAACCUAAUAUCAAAGGAACACUGUAAGCUCUAUAACCACUACAAUUUUCUGCAGUGUUUAUGCCUGCUGUGCCCUGGAUUCCCCCCCUCCCCCUCCCCCUCCCCCAUUGUAAGGAGUCAGGAUAUUGACUCCCUUAGUUAUCCCGAGCUAAGCUCUGCAGUGCUGAUUGCUCUCAGCUAAUAAGCUAAAUCCUGCACUGCAGCACUUGGCUUAGGAGAUCUAUCUGAAGCUCCUGCUUAGGUGCUUCCUGUUCUCCUAAAUUUUGUACUAUAAUUGGGGAGGGGUGCCCAACAAACCACAGGUAAAAAGUCAAACUGCUAUUACUACUUACAAUAGCCGACGCAAAGGCACCCCCGGCACCAAAACUACUACAGUGAACUGUAAUGCUUAUGGUUCUUUGCGUGUUCCUUGAAAAAUCCUGGGGAGUGACAAGUCUCCUUUGAACGCAAUUCAGUGGUGAAUUGGAACAGAGUGUUUUUCUUGACCUUAUUUGUAUUUUAUUAAAUGGUGUUCUUUCUGGAGAAAGGGCGGGUUCCCCUGCACUUUGAAAGUCUGAUCCGUUUUAUCCAUGAGAUGAGGAUCCUUACAUAAUUCAGUUUGGCUUAUGGCUUAGAGCUGAAAUACCGUAUAAUAAUUAUUAAUAAAGUGUCUACGUAUUCUUUGGCACUAAUAAGAUAUAUACUUAUAUAGGUGCAAGUUCAUUGCUUUUUAACAUAAGUUUAAAUGAAGGGAAAAUUAUUGUACGAAAGAAAGGUCACCCUUUUUACUAACUGUAUUUUAAUCUUUUAUGUCUGUCAAUCUGUAAUCCUCCUUUUCUGACAAAUUUUAUUGUGAGAGCUAUAAAGAAGUUACAGUUUACAAGCCAGUAUUGUCACAAAAGAUUGAUUACAAAGGCUCAUUAGCUUCGUCUUACUGUGAAUACAAAAAAUGACUUUCCAUGCUCACAGAGAAGAAGGUUGUUUUAUUUCACCUUGGUUUGUCUCUUUCCAUGAAGCAUUGUCGCAUGUUCACAUAUUGCCACAAUGUAUUCAAGAAGGUAAAGUUCUCCUUUGUAAAUGCUAUCCUGUAACUGCAUUGCUUCUGGAACCAUGCCUGAUAUAUUACCGUGUGUCUUUCUUUCUUUGUAGACUCCAUGGAUGAGUUCUUUGAGUACGAGGCGGAGGACUUCUUGGUGUACCUUACUUUACUGAUUACAGAAGGUCGCACACCAGAACACUCUGUGAAAGGCAGGACAGAAGGUCUCCACUGCCCUCCAGCACAGUCAAGUCAGCCAGUGCUUGAUAAGCAUGAAUGCAGUGAUAAACUAACACCGGUAUGUGUAUCUUGCACUGUUGAAUACUGGCUAGCAAGCCAGGAUACCCUCUGACCCCUUGUGCUGAUUAUGAAGUGGAAGGGUUAUACAUUUCAGGGUUGUGUAAAGGACUCAAAGUCAAAGUGGUCAGAUUGCUAUAUUUCAGAAUAGUUACAGAGCUAGGGGGCAGGAGGAAGGCAAUGUAAACAUUUCCAAAAAUGACUUUUCAUGUUAAACUAAACUAAUUCUCCAGUGGUAGCAUUUAAAUCAGAGAAGCACUGUCUGUAGCUAAUGUUGGUAGAAAGCCUGGAUUGCCAACCACUGUUCCUCUUACCUCUAAAAUUGACCUCUCACUAAUCUGUUCUGGAAUCUGUGAAUUAUCUGCAUUAGUACUCAAUACCAAGAUCGAUUUAUAGAUUGAUAAUAGACUAGUUGAUCCAUCCAGCCACUCCGGUUAUUGACUUUUGGGUUUCUCAUUUUGUUCAAUGAAAUCCAGUACAGAGAGUCCUCUAGCUGUUAUGGCAUCAUGUCGCAUAAUAUGCACUUUAGUCGAUUACCUAGAUACAGUGGGACUCAAUUGCUACAUAAAAGCAGGACUCUUUAUGUAGCCUUUUGGGAAGUAUUCACAGGUUUAUUAAAUGGCUCAUGCUUUUAUAGUUGGCAGGUAGUCACACAACAUUUUUUCACUUAAGUUGGAAAACCUAGACAGCACAGUUCCUUUACAUUAUGUGAUUGUGGUCUUUUUUUCAGCUCACUGCUGCUGUGAUUUUUAUCUUUGUGCCAUGUAGACCUAUUUCAGAUGUUUACACCUCAAGCCAUUUUUAAUGUUGAUUAUUCCAGCGCAGAGCCCCAGUUCUUCCUGAUGCUCUCUCGAAGUCACUCCCGUUCGCUGAGGGAGAUGGAUGUCUGGGUGGGAAGUCCAAGGGGAGGACAUGGUCACCUGUUGUCAGCACUGCCCUUCUCUGUGCCAUCAUUGGUGGCCACCAGCAUAAUGUGUGCGCCGACAAAAAAUGCUCAGUAUUGAUAUUCGUGCCGGUCUGGCUAAUGAUGUCCCAAUGAUUCUUGCGUAGGUGCAAUUACACCUCUGGCAGCAGAAGGAAUAAACUCUGUAUGUGCAGAGUUUUUUAUAGCAAAAAGCUGCACAUACAGACUUCAGGUAACAUGACCACUUCAAAUCACUUACGGGGUCAUGGUGCUUGGACUAACCCUUUAAAUGUUGAUGAUGGCAAUUCUAUUUGAGAUGUGUUCUCCUUAAAAUUGGGAUACCACGUGACAAUUAACCCUAAUAAGCUGAUUUGGCCACAAGCAUGCAAAUCUCUCCAGUAAGGCUUUAAAUGAAUGUAAAAUUUUCAAGCAGCUGAUAAAGAUAAAAAAAAAAAAAAUGUUCCUUGGGAAUGUUCUCUCAUUGAUGGGUACUGUGGUCAACAAAUGUUGGGAACCACUAUUCUAAAACAUGUUUUCUAGGUGUCCUUCAUUUGCUCACCUUGCACUUUGACCUGUCAUUUAACCUUCAUGUAGAAAACAUGCAUAUUUGAGCAAUGUUCUCCUCCAUGUCAGUCUAAUUGGUGAUAUAGAGAUGGUGGAACUGCACUCAACCCUUUGCUUUGGAAUCUCAGAGUGCUGCUGGAUCAGUCCUAGUACCAUGUAUGAAGUAUAAUUGUAGAAAAUAAUCCAGGCACUCCAAAUUGUUCCAAACGAUAGGCAAUUUUUAUUGGACCCAAGAACCACACAACGUUUCAACCACUUAGGGCCUUUGUCAAGCUUGACCCCUAAGGGGUCGAAACGUUGUGUGGUUCUUGGGUCAAAUAAAAAUUGCCUAUCGUUUGGAACAAUUUGGAGUGCCUGGAUUAUUUUCUACAAUUAUGUUUAAUUGGUGAUGUCACUACUUUGACUAGACAACUUUGAGGAUAGAUGUUCCGGUAUGAUGUCAGAAGUUAGUAAAAAAAAAAAAAAUCAUACCCUAUUUAUUACACUGCCCAAAAAAAUCGUUUUUCAGACUUGUCCUACAUCCUGACAGUAAGUUUUCAAAUCCUAUCUUCAGAAUUCGAGAGAACUAAACAUCUGGUUUCCCUUCAGCUUCCCUGUUCCCUUCCUACCACAUCCUGUUAGCCUCCUUUUCUUUUAAGUUCUCCCCUUUAUUAAGAAUAUAUGGACCUUUUAUCUGAAAUCUAGGGCUGUCUCUCUGUCGUAUUUGUAAAUGGAAAUAUUCUAAGCUCUACAUCGAAUACUGUGAAAGAGCCUGUAGUGAAAAGGUUAAACAUGGCAUGUUUCUUAUAAGCAAGCCAUGCCAAUAUUGUUCUUUGGAGCACUGACUCCUCCCCAAUCUUAUAUCCUCUAUCUAGAAGUGUGCUGCGGGCUACUUAAUAUUAGUUGACCUCUCUACCCCUUAUUACACUUGAUUCUAGUGCUGCAGCAGGGAUUCAUUAAGUGCUGCAGAGCUGUUUUUAUUAAAGAGAAAGAAGCAAUGAAAAAAAACAAACUGUGCAUGCGUCUUUACUCCUAGAUGGUGCCCAUUUUCUAUCUUUCAUGUGUUACAGAUAUUUAAGGAACGCAAUACCGUUAAGGAUACAAAAAUUUUUUCCUAAAGCUAUAAUGUUAUCUCAUUUGAAAUAAUCGGUACUCCCAGAGUGAAUACAAAUAAAAAGAUACAUUUUGAUUAUUUAGUAAAUAAUAAUUUAUUGUUAUUGAAGUUGUUAUAGUACCUUCCUUCCUACCCCGCAAAACAUUUUAUUUCAAUAGUUUGAAUGCUUACAAUUGUGGAUUUAAGACGCAUCUCUAAGCCCUUCGGGUAUGAGAUCAGGACUGUUGCUUCCCAGAUCUCAUACCCUAACACACUGUGAUUUCACGCAUGCAUGCGCAGUGCAGUCAUGGUCUUCUGUAGAGAAUCUUAUUGUUGCACAGACAAUAGGGGCAAAAUCUAUAGAGCAACCAGGAGCUAAGUGUUCCAAUUGCCUGAUUGACCGCCCCAGUCAGGAUCUUUAAUUUCUACAGCUCAAUGCUAUUCUCAGACAGGAGUUGGCUCUGAGGGUUCUAAGCACCAUGUCUUUUGGAGUAAUUGCAGUGGAUUUACAGUGUUCAGGUUGACCCUUCUCAAUAUAUAUAUCUAUAUAUCUAUCGAUCAUUUGGAAGAUGGGGGGCUCUUUCUCCCUCUUUUUCACUCUCUUGGUUUAUUAAUAAUUAAAACCUUGAUUGAUACAUACCCUUUUAACAUGAUUGUUACCACUGACCUUGUAUUUAAUGGUGGACUAAUAACAUUAUCCCCUGACUGGUGAAGAUUAUGAGAUUUCCCCACAGAUAAAAGAACUCUGGGUUUGUCGAGUUGGUUUUAGCUCUUUACAGAUGGAGGUUUGUAGCCGUGACAGAGUUCGUUAAUUCUUGUUCCUUUUUACUAGACAACCCUGUGUUUUAGCUCAUGUCUUAUUUACCUAUCUUUGUAAAAAUCAACGGUUCCCUUGGACUUUGAAAUGUGCAUGUCAGUUGGAUGUCUCUUCAUAGGUAGAGCAACAAAUAAAUGUAUUAUUAACUCAUGCAUAGCUCUUUACAUGGACCCUGUUUCAGUCUACCUGUGUGUUGAGCUUAUAUUCUGAGAAGUGACCUAACACUGAAGCCAAGGUGUACUAAGGUCAUAUUAGGCUUUCAUUACCACACCAUGUGACCACACACUGUGUGCUUGGCACAGUCUUGUUCUUGCCACAAAAGGAGAUUUACAUAACGUGUUAAGCGCUAUGCAAGAAAAGUACAGAGUCCAAAAUUAAAUAUUUACAAGACCUAUUCAGUCCUCAUCCCAAUGUACAUGUAUUAUGUUAUUAUGGAAGAAACUGUUUUUAUGUAAAAUUAAGAAUUUGCAAAACAGAAAACAAAAUGUAAAACAAAUUCAAAAUUAUCAUCCAUCCUCCCCCCACUUAUUUUCUAGUGUCGACAAGCUCGAAAAACUCGGUCUGAUGUUGCUCAUCUAUGGAGAAACAAUAUUCCUAUCAUGGUUGAGGUUAUGCUGCUCCCAGACUGUUGCUAUAGUGAUGAAGGAUUAAGCACAGAAGCAAGCGACUUAAAUGAUCCUGCUAUGAAACAAGAUGCUCUCUUGCUGGAGAGGUGGACCCUGGAGCCUGUUCCCAGACAGUACGUUUUUCAUGAACAGUCCCUGGUGACACAAAGUGUUUAAUAGAUGUUGGGUGGAUUGCUUGUAGAUUUGUGAGUGAAAAGAACAUACCUGAAUGGAGCAUUUUAAAGGGAAACUACACACUGACUUUGACACACAUCACAUACAGCUGUUUAAUUAGCGCAAAAAAAGGAGACCCUGCAGGUUGUGAGUUGGGACAGAAAUGGUGGGCUUAUAGAAUAUAACUAUUCCUGGAGAAAAUUACAUUUGAUUUAAAAAAUUAAAUCCAGCUUACUGUAGCCUAACUUACACAUUGCACUUAAAGUGUUCUGUGUCUUUAAGAUAAUGUCUGAUGGUUUGGUGUCAACGCGUACAUAUAGAAACCACCUAACAACUAGAUAAAACAGAGCAGCAGUUGGAUGUAAAGGUAAAUGGCUAUGAGUCAUAAUUCUUUUAAGCUCAGUGAUCUCAUUCAGCUAGGAAUCAUGGUAAAAAGAACAAUGGCAGGAAACUGAUCUAUGUAUGUACGUUGUAUUGCAAAAGAUAGUGUGGCAUGCUUUUAUUUGCAUGCUGUAAAUCACAUAAUACGUCUAGAAAGUGUUCUAGUACCGUGAUUGCGUGAUCCAGGAAAAAUAAAUUUCUGCAAACUCUGUUGGCUAUAGUCCUGUACAUUGACACCAUCGAAGACAUCACGCUCUUGUCUCACGGGCACAGCUCUAUUGUCCUUGGCACAAUAGUGAUUAUCUGCUGACGUCUGAUAACGGAGAGCUGCAUUGUGUUUGCCUUUCUGAAAAUAGCCUUCAGAAGUAAGCAUGGUAUUAUAGGUGAGGUCGUCCAUUGCAGAAAGCUGCAUCAGCCCUUCUUUAGUUCUUUUUCCUUAUGCUAUUACCUACCCCUAACCAUGAUAUAUUGACUCUCCUUAGAAUUUUCCUAUUUAAUGUAAGUUAUUGAAUAGAGCAAGCCUUUUCACAGUACUUGGAUCUUGUAUUACUCUGCUAUGUAGGCUAUUCCCAUUGUGAAGAUGUAAUGUUUGAAUAUGGUCCCUUGCCCUGUAUAAAUCUAGUAUGAAUGCUUUGCAUAGAUGGCUGGGACGUAUUGCAAUAGUGGUACAAAUGUUGUGAAUGCAAAGAGAGAUCAUGUUUUGGAAGGUGUCCGGUAAAGCAAGAGGACUUUUGAACAUGAGACGGGAAGCUGCUUUUUAUUUUAUGUGGUGUUUUGGCCCAGGGGGUAGACAGGCCUGAGCAAAACACUAUGAUUAGGGAUGUAGCCUGCAGUGUAUGAAAAGGCUACAUUUGAAGAAUGAGCACUUUUUAAUUUUUUUUUCUUUUUUCUUAAUCAUGUGAAAGUUACAGCUUUUAUGACAUCUGAAUGUUUUAUAUAAAUUUUUCUCACAGUGUUUUUUUUUUUUUUUCAACUAUUUAGUAGUAGUCUCCCCUUAGCAGUAACGAGAUGCUUAUUUUCCUUUAGGAGUGGAGAUCGCUUCAUUGAAGAGAAGACCCUUCUGCUGGCAAUUCGUUCCUUUGUUUUCUUUUCUCAGCUUAGCGCCUGGUUGAGUGUGUCCCACGGAGCUGUACCUCGCAAUAUUCUGUACCGGUAAGAAGUGCACUAAAUGCUAAAAUUAAUGCUUUGCAAUAUGUAAAUAAAAAAACUAAAAAUAAGUAAACGAACAAAUAGAGCCACCACUUUGUCUACAAUAUAGUACAAUAAAACACUGCUGCCUAUAGAUAUUAUACACCUAAAAUAAUUAGAAUUUUUUUUUUUUUUUCUUUAAGUUAAAAAAAAAAGCAUCAAGCAUAGAAACAACUACUGUAAGCAUUAAAACAGUAUAAACGUGUUUUGAGCAUGUUUGAAUGCAGUAACGAUGUAGGGCAAUUUAAAAAGAAUGCAGUCCUUUCUCUAGGCAGCUUUAGUUAUUGCAGUACAGUUCCAUUCUACAUUUUUGUUCUCCUCCGGGAGCGGGAUAAAGCAUGACGUCUUCUCCUGUAGGGAUGUAGCCCCUCAUUCCCAGAGACCUCUGUUGUUGUAGUACUCCAAAGGAUUUAAUAAUUAUAUAUUUGUUUAAUUUCUUCCCUCAUAUAAAUAUUCUUCAAUGUGGUAAUUGCUGUGAAGUUUACAUUUUAGGCCAAAAUAGUUGAACUGGAAAGUAGCUGACUUGGAGAAUGUUUCCAGUUCAACUACUUUAGCCUAAAAGUUGAAAUUAACUUGAAUUUCAAACAAUCCGCAUUUUAGAGUGUUUAAUUUUGUUCUAACAUUCUGCGCAGAGGGCAGCGUAGAUGAGCCCUUUAUCCUUCUGUAAACUGUUUCUGUGAAGUUUAAGGGAGUGUGAUUCACUUUGUCAGUGAAUCGUACAUUGGUAAUUGUAGGUAUUAAAGGAACACUAUAGUCACCUAAAUUACUUUAGCUAAAUAAAGCAGUUUUAGUGUAUAGAUCAUUCCACUGCAAUUUCACUGUUCAAUUCACUGUCAUUUAGGAGUUAAAUCACUUUUUCUGUUUAUGCAGCCCUAGCCACACCUCCUCUGGCUGAUUGACAGAGCCUGCAUGAAAAAAACAAAACUGGUUUCACUUUCAAACAGAUGUAAUUUACCUUAAAUAAUUGUAUCUCAAUCUCUAAAUUGAACUUUAAUCACAUACAGGAGGCUCUUGCAGGGUCUAGCAAGCUAUUAACAUAGCAGGGGAUAAGAAAAUCUUAAUUAAACAGAACUUGCACUAAAGAAAGCCUAAAUAGGGCUCUCUUUGCAGGAAGUGUUUAUGGAAGGCUGUGCAAGUCACAUGCAGGGAGGUGUGACUAGGGUUCAUAAACAAAGGGAUUUAACUCCUAAAUGGCAGAGGAUUGAGCAGUGAGGCUGCAGGGGCAUGUUCUAUACACCAAAACUGCUUCAUUAAGCUAAAGUUGUUCAGGUGACUAUAGUGUCCCUUUAAUGCUUAUUCUGCUUCCAUCCCUGCUUUCCAACUUUAUUGUGCUGUUUUCUAUGUGACGGCGCUUACAUGGCCCUUAAAACAUUUCCUCGUUUUUUUUUUGUUUUUUUUUAAUUAGUCAGAUUGUCCUAAUGGGGAUUGAAGACAAAAUGUUUAGAAAAUGUGAUUGCUAGAUUUAUGUAACACAGGGCUUCUCACACUGAUUUUACUCAAUGAAACAAUUGUCUAAUGUCUAAAUACUGGCUUGUUUUGUAGAUUGCACACUGGUUUGAGAAAAGCCUGCCCUGUUUUGCAAACUGAGAUAAGAUACGCUUUGUACACAAAAUAAAAUAUUAGAAAAAAACGUGAUUUUAUACAAUUUUGAUGAUUGGUUUUGUUUUGACAUUUCUUUGACAUUGGACAUCACAUGUGGAUUUUUAAUUUACCAUCUUAAAAAUGACAGCUUGUUGCCCCCUUUAAUGCUAAAGUCAGAUAGUUAUUCACUUAACUGUGAAUUGUCAGAAGUGAAUUCAUCAUAAUGAAUUUAAAAUUUUAUGUUAAACUAGACAAACAAACAAAUAUAUAUAUAUGUGUGCAUGUUUUUAAUUUAGCUAUUGAGGCCUAAACGUUGCAAUUCACUUUGAAUUCUCAACACAUUUUAGGGGGCAGCCUUGAAAGUGACUGCAGUAGUAAGAAUUAAUUAAAUCUGGCCAUAGCCAGUCUUGAAUAAGUUGAUUCAAUAAAAUUUAACUUCUCCUCUAAAGAAUUAAUAUUGUAACAUCUGAUCUUGUAUGAAACAUUUUAUGUGUAUUGGCAAUGGGUUUCACUUUAAAUGCUUUGCUAUGUAAUAUCACAUUUUUCCAGUUUUAUUUUCUCUCCCCUACUUUCUGAUUUUCUGCCUUCCUUUGCAGCAAUCUAUUGCACGGCCCAAGACACAGUCCUGUAUAGGAGGCUAUGCAGCACAGGGCACAUUUUUCAGCAGUAGAAAAGAGCCAUUGUGCUUUUGUAUCUUCUCAUGCAACUAGCACAGUGCAUCUCAACUGCUGUCCUCUGGGACUACCGACAAGUCAGAAUUUUAUUGUAUUUCCCAGCUGGGUUCCAGUGACUCAGUGUGUGCUUAAGUUCCUGUUCCUGUUCUGGGACAUACUUAAAACCUAACCUGUCAGUUUUCCUUGAAGGCAGAAGUUGGGAAAUGCUGUCCUAGCAUAAUUAGUAUAAGUGAUCCUUCCUGCUAGCACAUGCCACUUAUAAAGGAAAAAAUACACACUGCGUCCAAACUAGCCUUCACUUCUACCCCAGGGACUUAUCAUGGUAAGUUUCUUAUCGGUCACCUUUUACAUAAUAUAGCUGGUGAUUGUUUCAUCUUAACAGGUAACCUGUAGCUUUACAGGGGAUGCCACCAAGGAUCAUGGGAGUUGUAGUUUAUUUAACAGCUGAACUGUUGAAGACUGGCUUAAUUUUUAUUUUAUUUUUCCUUCUUUCUUUGUUUAAUAUAAAGAGACAGCAACCCAUAAACCGGACUUCAUUUAAAUAACUUUUUAAUGUAGGAAGUUGACUGUGUAUAAUUGUACAUUUAGAACACAUACUGAAUGGUCCCAUUUAUAGUGUCUGAGUUUUUGAAAUAUUCAAUCAUAACUAAAAAGCAUAUUUAUAUACAGAUUAAAAGAUCUUGAUGUGACUGUAAAGACAAACUGAGAAGUAUGUGUUUUUUUUUGUUUUGUUUUUUUUUACAGUGAAACAAAAUUAAUUAAUGUCGGGGGGCCAGCUAUAAAACUAACCUUUUCAGUAUCCGUUCGGGGAACUGAAGCCAGUCUGCACUGCCACUAGCGGCUUCAGCUACAUGAAAGGCAUCUGUCUGUCACAUAAUUUAUACUUUUUAUUGACUCUGCUGCAAUUGUUGAGUUGUAAAAAGACUAAUUUUAACUUUGAAUGGUUGUUUUUGUUUUAAUAAAAGGCGGGGUCAUGUUUAAGUGACAAAUGAGUAAUCCAGUAAUCAAACUGUUAAUUUACUGGACAAACAUUUAGUCCAGUGAUGCCUAAACUUUCACCUUAAGGUGUUGGGAAUUAGUUUACCCAGUGUCAGCCAUAUUGGGUAUGUUGUUUUUAACAACUGCUCUGCAUUCAGCCAUCACUGACUUCAUUUCUUUAAAGUCCGUGAUCAGAAUGCCAUGUCUUUUUUUUUUUUUUACUUAAAACACUUUCUUAUCAACAUACAGGCAGCACCAUACAUUGGCAGGAAAUGGUGGUUUUGCCCCUUUUAUGUCCCUUUGGCUGCUAAACUAGCAGUUUUCCGUAUCUGUAAUAUGCACGGUAUGUUCAAGAGAUGUUAUCCCACCCUAUCUAUCGACCUAGCACACGCUUUCACUUGCUGCUCCGCAUAAAACCUCACGAUUCCUAUGUUUUUGUCACAAACUUCGGUGGCUAUUUAAUGAAAUAAAAAAGUUGCUUAACAAUAAAUGCUUUCAAUGAUAUUUCACCUGAAAAUUCCAUCUGAGAAUUUUCUUAUUUAUUUAUCUUCUUUUUUUUCCCAAAGAAUGCUUGUUUCUUUCUUUUCCAUUCAUUUAUGAAAUACAUGGUUAAUAUAAUUUUUAAUGAAACUUACAUGGGUAUUUACUAAAGUGAGAAUUCAAAGUGAACUUAAAAUUAAAGAUGACUUUGAGAAUAUUUAUGUGUGUCUGUGUUUUUCUAAUGUGCUUUAACAUGUAUGUACAUAAAAAUAUUUUUAGAAAAUUUCAUUUUAUCUGGCUUGGCAGCCAUGUUGGGUCAGAUUAUACUGCUUAUUACUGCAGCUCAAUGGAAGUUUCCACACCGAUCAAUCAUAACAGCAGGCAAGUUAGAUUGAGCAGCGGCUAGUCAUAUAACAAUAGACUCUGAUCCAACAUGGCUUUUUGCUCAGCUAGAUAGAGUUCAGUAUUCAUUAUUUCAAAAAAAAUCUUUACCUUUCAUUAAAAGUAACAAAUCUCUUGGGAAAAAAACAAGUUCUGGUGGCAUUAGCAUGUCCCUGCAGGUUUUUAAAUGUAAACAAUGCCUUUUCAGAGAAAAGACAAUGUUUACAUUACUGCCUAGUAACACAUAUAGUGGCAGUCACUCAGAAGGCCACUAAAGGUGCUUCCUGGGUCAGUGCUGCACAAUGUGCAGCAUUGACGUUCAGCAGAGACACUGAACAUUACUCAUGGAAAUGCAUUGAUUCAAUACAUCUCUCUGAACAGAUGUGACAUUUUUUCGCGCAUGUGCAAUAGCAUCCCAAUGCUUUCCUACUGGAUAGGCUGAAAUCAUCAAUUUUGAUGAUCUCAGCCAAGGAGGUGGAGCCAAACGUGAAUAAAAAAUGCGGCGCUGGGGGGAAAAGUAAGGUUUUAAUUUAAAUUUAAAAAAAAAAAAAACAGAUUCAGACACAGGGAGCAAUGUAGAAGCAGAUUAGAUAGUUUAUUUUUGUUGACAGAGCCGCUUUAAUGAUUGCUGUCCUUUAAACUCCUACAUGCAAACCGAAAUGAUAACUUUGAAACGGAGUUGGUUAUUUAUAUAUGCCCUCGUAAUGGCAAGCAUAUGGCUGUGCACUAGUCAUUAUGAAGUGCAAAUCCACUGCUAUGGUUUUAUUUAUUUUUUUAUUUUAUUUUUUUGUUAACAUAACAGAAAAAAAGCUUUUUUAAAAAUAUUUAAUCUGUACAUUUGCUCCACUUUAUUACACAGUGGAAUGAUUAAAUUGUAUAUCAUAACCUGUGUGGAAAACAAACUCCAUUUUAAUAUUAUAAUUUCGGUUUGAUGGAGGAGGAGUUUAAAGGACAACAGUCAUUAAAGUAUCUGUCAACAAAAAUAAACAUUAUCUAAUUUGUUUCUACAUAGUUUCCUGUGUCUGAAUCUGGUUUUAUUUUUUACAGUGUGCUGUAAUAUUAUAUAUAAUCACAAUCUGGAUCUCAUGAUAAUUUAUUAGGUUCUUGCAUUUCUACAUGACUGGUGUAGUGAGGCUUUGUAGGCAGGCCGUCUGCAGAGUAUUUUGGUAGACCUAUGUUGUGUGGUAUUGGGGCACCAGUGAACUGAUAUCUAGUCAUGCCCACUUACCUGCAUUCCCUGUAAAACUGUCUGUCAAUAUGAGUGUGUACUGGAUUUUAAAGAUAAAUCUGUAUAUGUGCACUCUGUAUGUUUCAUACAACUGUAUAAUGAUCGACUGGUUUUUUUUUUUCUAUUUUAUUUCAGAGUGAGUGCAGCUGAUGGGGAACUACAGUGGGAUUUUUCCCAUCCACCAACUGUACACGUGUUCCCUGUCCCCAACGUAUCUCACAAUGUGGCCUUGAAAGUCAGCGUCCAGUCUUUGCCUAGACAAUCCAAUUAUCCAGUGUUGAACUGUAGCAUUCACAGCAAUGUUGGUUUUUACAAGAAAAAAUUUUCUCCAAACGAGCAUUGUGUUACACCACCUGUGGAUUCACGGGACACCAGCCAGUGCAGUGUCCCAAGUUCUCCACAUACAUGUAGCAAACAGAUCUGGACUGUUGGACCUGAAGGGUUACUGCACACAAGGACAAGUCUAAGCACGGAUCUCACUGUUCCUGUUCGUAAUGUCAAGUUAAUUUCUAGUGAAGGGAACGAACUGGAGGUUGGAACAUCGCCAUCUAAACUUCAGUGUUUAAACGGGAUCAGCGAAUCUAAGGCAGUUCCACAAGAAUCUAUAAUUAGGAAUUUUAAAUCUUUUUCUUUGGUUGAUAUGCCCAGCAGCCCACACACAGUUCCUCCCACAGAAACCAACCCUUUAAUAGGUUCUUUAAUUCAAGAGCGUCAGGAAGUCAUAGCUAGGAUUGCACAGCAUCUCUUACAGUGCGAUCCGACAACCUCACACAUAGCUAGCCAUACCUUUAAAGUGCAUGAACCCAGUCCUGUAAAUACAAAGUUGUUCAGGAAAACAUUUGAAGAUGAAAACACCCUAAAGAAAACUAAAGAAACACCCCUCACAUGUACCUCUAGUUCUGAUUUGACUUUCAACACAGACAAACCAAGAUCUGCACCGGAUACCCCAGUAAACUGCUCACGACCCAACCCAGACUCUAAAACCUCACCAAAACCACAAGCCAGAAGGAAACUCAUUUUAGUUCCUCAAAAUGAGCCAGGCUCCAACACAUUUCAGCAUUGUUUAAACAAUAGUUCUCAAUGUACUCUGUGGUCCAGUAAAGAAAACAUAUGCAGUCGACCAGAGAGCGAUUCUGUCGCAAGGAAUGAACUGUCAGAAAAAAUUUCUGAUAAAGGGCCCAUACAUCACACUGGGAACUCUGUCAGUACAAAUGUCAGAAUUCACACAAACAAAGCCAAUGUCCCAGAUGAAAAUAGCAACAGUGACUGUCAGUCUGUAAAUACAGAUAACUGUAAGAACUGUAUGAAAAAUGCAGUGACCUUGAAAGGGCCCGUGAUUUGCCAGUCACAGGAACGCGAAUGUUCUGAAAGUCAUACAAGGAAAGCACAGGUGACAGACCACAGCAGUCAGCUGCACAGCAUUGAGAACUACAUCAGCAAGGACAGAGACAGUCUCAAAUGCAAAGACACACAAGACAAACUGAAAGGUGUUCACGAUGAGAAUGAAUAUCCAGCAAAACACAAUUGCUCUGUCUGCCAGAGGAAAUGCAAUGGAAGUUGUUUGCAGAGAUGUGAGCGUCCGAGGAGUACAGACCAGUCGGUGAGUAGAUAACGUAUAGCUAUAUUAUAUGGAGCUCCUGUGGGGCUUUUACAUUGCUAUCAAUGGGAGAACUCGAAUAGCUGAAAUACAUAUACAUUAAGAAGAAAUGUAAUCAUGAAAACACACAUUAUAAGCACACCCUAGGCGCUAUUAUAGUUUAUAAAGUACCAACAAAUUCUGUAGCACUGUACAAUGUGCUAUAGCCAUUUCAUCCCCUUGUAAUUCUCAUUUAUUGUAAUUCUCCCACCCUUCAUAAUAUUGUAAAGUGCUGAGGAAUUAGUGCUAUAUAAAUACCAAUAAUAACUGAAUUAGUUACAGUGCAGUCCCCAGCAUUAUCCCUCCAUUCAGUGUUGAACCAUUUUGGAGCAGUUUAACCCCUUAAGGACACAUGACGUGUGACAUGUCAUGAUUCCCUUUUAUUCCACAAGUUUGGUCCUUAAGGGGUUAACACUGAAUGAGGGUUCCUGGCUUCCCAUUCUCCCCUCUUGAUGUGUGGCUAGGGCACUGAUUACACACUUCUAGCCAUACCAUUUCAUACCAGCAGUGGGUGUUGUGAUAGGCUGAAAGUAGUCAGAUGACAUGCUCACACAAUUACAGCUGCCCAUUUCUGCUCAGGCUAAUGUGUGCCCAUUACCCCAAGUAGUACAAUGGAGAUGGACUGCUGGGAACUUUUUGUUAGCAUUAAAAACCAUUUAACACGAAUUGGAGGAGCAGUGCUAGGGAACUCCAGACACUAUAACAACUUCAAUGAAUUGAAGCCUUUACAGUGUCUAUUGUGUCCCUUUAAGCUACAUGAAUGCUAAUAGCAUCCCAUUACUUUUAACAGGUAUCUUAAGGGGACACUAUAGUCACCUGAACAACUUUAGCUUAAUGAAGCAGUUUUGGUGUAUAUAACAUGCCCCUGCAGCCUCACUGCUCAAUCCUCUGCCAUUUAGGAGUUAAAUCCCUUUGUUUAUGAACCCUAGUCACACCUCUCUGCAUGUGACUUGCACAGCCUUCCAUAAACACUUCCUGUAUUUUUUCUGAUUGAAAUUAAUUGUGCCAGCUCUUCAGCUGUAUUAACCUAUAAGCUGUUGAUGUUUAAUGUUUUUUUUUUUUCCCUUUCCUAUUAAUAUUCCUUGAUAAAUAACGAACCCACAGCAUAUGAAAAUAUAGCAAUUAGCAAUUUUUGUUUUAGUGCAUUCUAUGAAUAUACAUAAUGAAAUGAUUCCUUGUUUACAUUGUAGAAAGCAGCACCUUUGAGACACUGUAACAGUUGGGAGAAGCAAACUCUCCGGACAUUGGAUGGGAUCUUGACCAAGGCUUUCCACCCCCGCACUGGUUUACCUUUACUCUCGAGCCCUGUAAGUAGACUUUUUUUCAAAUGGAAUAGGUUAGCCUCUUAUGUAUAACGUUGUGUAUAGGUUACAUGUUUGGGUUUUUUCGUCUUCUGCAAGAUGUCCGAACAGUGACUGUGACCAUACUUGGUAAAGUGUCCAUCAAAGCCUAGUGUGGGGGCACAGAUAAAGCAUAGUGGGCUACCAUACUUAUGAUUACAGUAGCAAAUUGAUGCAUGCAAAUACAUUUCAGUGGCAAUAUUCCCAUUGUGUAAUCUUAAUUAACCAGCUAAUUUUAAUGUUCUGAAAAUUAUUGGUCAAUUUAUUUCUCAAUAUUCCAGCUGAAAUACUUUUUUUUUUUUUUUUUUAAUUAUGCAGCAAAAAUUAUUACAAUUCUAAAACAAAGUACAAAAGCUUCAAGGGUUCAUUUACUUCCCACGUUAUUUUCAUCCCCUGGAUAUACAUUGCCCUUGAGUUUGGUUUUCCUUGCAUCCAAACAAUUGCACUGUUCUCCUGAGCAGCUGGCAUCUUUUGUUUGCAUGGAAUAAUAAACACCUUCUGUUUUCUGAUGUUGAUUUUUUUUCUUUCUUUCUGUAUUUGUUUUAUAUUUUAGUGUUCUACCUGCAGAAUUAUAAACUUUGUAGCAGUCUGUAAGAAUAUUUCUUUCAAAUCUAAAAAUGUUAGACUUGAAAAGAGAGCAACAUCUGAAACUCACUUAGCCCAAAAUAUGGUUAUUCUAAUACCGAAGGUGUUCUGAGAAAUUUUCUAUGUUAAAUUACUCCUUUUAAUUAAUAUUGAUGAAAGACAAAAAUCUGCCCUUUUCCAUCCCUGUUUUAUCAGUUAAAGAAAUCUUUACUUUUAUACCCAUGCCCUAUUAUAGGUCUCUUAAUUUAUUUUUUCAUUAUUACUUUACCUGCACAAUUUUUUGUUAUCUUCAAUGUUCAUGGACAGAGAGGUGUACCAGAUGAAAGCAUCUCCUUUAUUUUACCCAGGUUCCACAAAGAAAAACACAGUCAGGGUAUUUUGAUCUGGACACAUCAUUACUGAAAAUUAAAGGUUUAUCCACACAGAGGUAUUUAUUAUUUUGGCAUUUAAGAUCUUAUUAUUUCACUGUUUGAAUCUAUGCAAUACUAUCCCUGUAAUGUACCAUUAGAGCACACAUUCACAGACCAUAUGUCCUUAAUUUUCACAAUGUAGUAUUAAAUGUAAUUAAAGGAACCACACACACUUUAAGACUGGAUGCUUAGCUGAACCAAGGGCCAGCACAAGAAGAUAAAUACCAAUAUUUAACAAAGGGCCCAGGCACUCCAAUGUCUUCAGGCACCUUUAUUAGAACAGAAGUGUUCCACAUGUUCUAAUACAGGUGCCUGGACCGUUUCUAAUGUGUUGUUAAAGUCAUGACUGAAUAUACUGGAAGCAUUUAUUUAGUUCACACGAAAGUCAUGUUAGUUACCAUGAAAUGGAGCUGUAUUUCUAUGGGAGGAGUGGGGGAAUAAAUCCCUUAAAUACAGUAGAUUCCAGACUUAAGCUCUGAUACCAAACAUACACCCAAAAUUCUCAAACUCAAUAUUUGACUGUCUGUAUUAAGUACAGGUUAUACUGUACAGUCUUGAUUAUAGAACUGGUAAAAGGGUAAAUUUUCUUUACAUGAUUCUUAAAUAUCAAAGCACACUUAAAGUAAUGCUGGCCUUUUCAGCUUGGAAUAUGCAUUGACUUAUUAUAGAAGUCUGCCACAAUUUCACUUGGCUGAGUGUUAAAUAGAGACAUGCUGUAAGUCAAGUUAAUGUGAGUCAAUGACUACUGUUUUGUCCGCCAUUUUACAGACUAUGAAUAGUUUAUACAGUUUUGACUCCUGGUGUAUUUCAUUUUUACUGAAGGGAAAAAAAGUGAUAAUUGAGUCUUUAACCCCUUAAGGACCAAAUUUCUGGAAUAAAAUGGAAUCAUGACAUGUCACACAUGUCAAGUGUCCUUAAGGGGUUAAGUAGAUGUUUCAUUCCCAGGAACAAAUAUAAUUAUUUUAAUAAAAAUGCUUUAGUAGAAAGGCUGCCAUGUUGUUGUUGUUGUUUUAUUGUGUUUUCUUUUUUAUAAAUAAACAAUUGCAAAAUAGUCUGUCUGAAAUAAUACUUAUCAUAGAAACAAAGUAUAUGUGAUAAAUCUUAAAAUAUUAUUAAACAAAUAGAAUAUAAACUGGGCAGAAUUCCUGAAGAUCACCCCUCCCACAACUUAAAAAAAACGACUGUUGUACUAUGUAUUGCUAAAUCAAAUUCUAGCAAUAUUUAACAGACAGCAUGCUAGAGUGCACGUUUAAAAUUGAACAGAAUAAUUUAAGCAAAUUCAGCAGCUGUGGAAAAAUAUUACUGCUAAAUCCUAGCCCCUUUUCUCCACUGCAAAAACAUCACUUGAGUUUAGGAGCUAUAUAAAGGCCAGUUUAGAAGACCUGCAGUUUUUCAGAGUCUGAUUGUUUAGAGGUCCACGUAAAAUACUCAGGUGCCAGUGAUCUUUUUGAGGAGCCAAUGUUCCCUGGAUCCUGGGGGUUGUAUACCCCACAAAGCUAGUACAGGUGUGUGACUGAACAGACCUGUAAUCUCUACAGUGACAGAUAAAGGUUCACAGAGGCUAAGCCUGCACUAAUUGAUUUUUGCCCACACAAUCUCUGAAAUUCUGACUGAAGCGGAUGAAGGACUGUCUUCUCCCUGUUUGUUGUAGCCCUCAACAGGUCUGAACUGUCUGAUUUGUUUAUUUUGUGAUGGAUUUAGCUCUGAGUGAUCCAGCUGGUUAACUGCUUGAUUAAUAAAAUUUAAAUGUUCUUUUAAGUGCUUAAAUUAUUGGUCAUUAUUGGUCUUUUUCUUCUUUACAGACUGCUACCAUUUGUGAAAACAGAAUCUAUAGCCAAACAUCUCAGUUGCAGUGCUCCACCUGCUCCGUGUCUAAGCCUCCUUGGGAAUUUUGAGGUAUUGUUUUAUGUUCUUGAUAAAUAUAUAUAUAAUUUAUAUAUAUAUAUUUUUUUUUAUUUAUUUUUUUAUUACAGCUUACAGUAGACCUUUUGUCUAAAAAUAUGUACCUCUUUCUCCAGCGCCGGUCAGGGAGCUCUCCUCCUCUUCGGCUGAAUGCGCAUUGUGAAUGCUUUCCUAUGGACCCUGGCGUCUUCUCACUGUAAUUUUCACAGUGAGAAACGCGGAAGCGCCUCUAGCGGCUGUCAAUGAGACAGCCACUAGAGACUGGAUUAACCCUAACAUAAACAUAGCAGUUUCUCUGAAACUGCGAUGUUUAUAGAAAAUAGGGUUAACCCUAGCUGGACCUGGCACCCAGACCACUUCAUUAAGCUGACAUAGCCUGGGUGCCUAUAGUGGUCCUUUAAGAUGGAUCUGUCAUGCAAGUGGCUUUACUUUUGGUUCUCAUUGAAAAUAAAUGUAUUUAAAAAUAAAAGCCUUAAGUAGUAAAUUAAUGUAAAAAAAAUUUCCGCAAUGAUUCAUGCUAAUCACACACUGUCAUGAAAUUUAUAUUUUUACAGUAUGUGAAUGCAUUCACUGCAAUUCUGACUUAAGUAAAUUACUUUGUAUGUAACCCCAUAACUUCAAAGUAAAUAUUAAAUUUAAGGCCAAAAUAUCAAACCUUGAAAAAUUUCUAAAUUUGAAUUCCUUACAGUUCUCCCUUUUCGUGAAUAACCAUGCUACUGCGUUUGUGUAACAACUGGUAAAAAAAUUGUUCUGAUUGCAGGAAUCUGUUCUGAACCAUCGAAUAGAACCCAUGGGCAUUGUUGAGGGUUUUACUGCAGAAGUUGGGGCAAGCGGAGUUUUCUGCCCAACCCACAUGACCCUGCCUGUCAAGGUGUCUUUCUUCAGUGUUUCAGAUGACAAUGCCCCCUCUCCAUAUAUGGUAAGAGUUGGUGUUUUGCUGCUUCCUAGUGUUUACCAAGACAAACCACCUUAAUUGCAAAAAAAAAAUUUUAUUCUAGAAUCUAUUCAAAUAGUGGGAAAUUGUAUAUCCAUUUUAGCUAUGUGGAUCAAUUCUCUUGAAAUCAGAAAAUUACUCUGUAACUCACUUUAGUAAUUAUCUACCAAUUUGGAAUUGUCUUGACGUGAAUGGAUCCCUAUUAUUUUGAAAUCAAUCUCAUUGUUGCAUCAAGGUUUGUUUGAAAAUGGCACAAUUGUAUUACAGCAGAACUGCCAAAUUUGACUACUUUAAGACAAUCACCACUAAGAACUGAUGGUUUUUAUCCAGGUGAUCUCCCUUUCUGUUCUUAACACAACACUGAGCCUUCGUGCUGCAAUUCACUUCAUUAAAUGAGUAAUUUAAUGAAGUGUUUACAAGGCAAAAUAGUACGGUAUAUCUCAAAGAUGGAUAACUUUGCCCUUGCCAAAAAGAAGAGCUAAGGUUUAUAAAGCAGUUUUUUUCAUGGAAAUCCUGUUGUUUUGCUUGAGAACAUAUGGUGUUAAAUAUUUUAUUUGCUCUACUUAAAUUCAUUUAAUUGCUUUUUCAGGGUAAUAUUACACUGGAGUCUCUUGGCAAAAGGGGUUAUCGUAUACCUCCUUCUGGAACCAUACAAGUGGUGAGAAUUUUGUGCUUUAAAAUAUGCAAAUAUUAUAUGUUUACAUUUUUGGAUUUGAAUUAAUUGGUUAUUUCAUUGCACUAUACAUUUAUCAUAACAGUAAUACCAAAAAGAAAUAAAGCCAAAAGAGAGAUUUCUACCUCUGUCUUACUAAAACUAUGCAAAGAGGCAAUCCUCUAUAAAUCUACUACAAAACUAUAAUUUUAUGCACUUUCCUUUCAGGUGCACUUUCUAGGUCUAUGAACCAUCUCCUGCAAAUAUGGAAUUUAAGAGAAGAAAACAAUAUAUAAUUUUAUUACCAGGUUUAAUAUACACGUUGCCUGCAUCAGGCAAAGUAACAGACAUCUCCUACCUAUUAUCCAACCUAAGAAUGAGAGGGACUAGACCAGCUAUUAAAAGUUCCCAAGAAAUAAAAAUUUAACACCUUUGCUGGUGUUUCAAAGUAUGGGUCAGAACCUACAAAAUAUAAUAGAUUAUGGCUGCAAAACUUUAAGACCUUAACAAGUUGAACUAUUACAAGGUCCACUAUGGACGAUGGAAUAAAUUUCACUUAACUUUUUACAUGAUUAGUGUUGCGGCAGUACUUUAUUCUUAUUUGGAAUAUAGGAUCCACACCAGGAAUCUGCCAACAGAGAUCUACCCGGAUAACACUUCACUCUUUGUUGGCAAAUCCCUGGCAUCCUUCAUAUCCUGUACAGUAUGUGAUGUCUUUUAAGAAUUUAUUUUAACACAACACAUCUAAAAAAACAUAAUACGAACAUUGCAAAAGAAUGACACAUAAGACCAUAUAUCCUGAAUACAAUCCGUUUUGAGAAAUUAAGAUAUUUAUUUUUUAUGGUAUGUCUGAUCAGAUAAUGGCAAAGUGUAAUCUUUUAAAAAAAAUAAAUAAAAAAGUCCUUGUUUUGAGAUUUUAUUUUUUUCCCCUCUCAUUUUUCCUAUAUAUUCACUCUUGCCAUGCAAUAUUGUCAAAAUUGUAUUUUUCUCUUUAUGUAUUGUAUGUGCACAGAAAGAUGGGGAAAAAAAGUUCUAAAUCUAAAACCUAUUACAGUUAAUAAGGUGUUUUGUCUAUAAAAACUAUUACACUUUGGGUCUAGUGAUGGAAAGCCCUUUUACAGUUUUGUUCCAGGGGGCUGAAUUAAUUAAUUGCAAAAACUGAGAUUUACAAAAUGAAAGUAUUUUCCCUGUAGUACGUUGAUGUUCAUCCUUUAUAUCACAGGCUGUAAAUAAGACAGUUAUAUACUUAUCUGUUUUUUAUUUUGUAGACCUUAUUUAAUCCAAACAAGACAGUGGUGAAAAUGUUUGUGGUGAAAUAUGACUUGCAAGAUAUGCCAGCCAAUCACCAAACAUUCCUCCGUCAGAGAACAUUUUCUGUUCCUGUCAAGAAAGAAAGAAAGGGAAUGAUGGAGAACAACAUUAUGAAGACAGAGGACAGGACAUUACGCUACCUCAUUCACCUGAGGUAUGUCACCUUUCUAUGAAAUAUUAAACUAGAUCUUAUGUACAGUGGAAUAUUACAUGCUCAUAUAAACUCUGCUAUCUGAGUGGGUUGGUAAAUAAAAUAGGCAUUGGCUUAAUUGUAUUUUUUUCUCACAUAUGGUGGCAGUACGUGUGGGUUGUGCUUCCUAAUUGAGACAAGCAUCUGCAGGAUAGGUGAUUAAGAAAGGUCCCUCCCCUUUACCCUAUAAAGGGCUUCCCCGGCAAACCCACCUCAGUUCUUCUUUGUCCCAGCACGGGAUGGAUCAAGCGUCUGUUGGAGGUGAGGCACACAUAUUGCUGCCUGGGGGAGGAAGCCUGAUAGCCGUCUGGGUGGUAGGCUGAUCAGCAUGGCUCCGUCCGUGGAGGUUCCGUAGCCCUUUUUUGUUUAAAUUUGCGCCGAGUAUGGGCGGGCUGCGGGACGCCUUCAUUUUGUUGAAAGCCGUGUGCCUGCGCACAGCGGUGCAAUGGACACCCGGGUGGUGUUGCGUUCCACCAAAGUCUCGGGUGCGCUAUUGCGCAUGCGCGAUCAGGAACUUCUGGUAAACCGCUGAGUGUGGAUCGCUGUGCAGUUCCCUCUGGCAGCAGGAAGCUUGCCAGAAGGGUUCCCAGUGUCACCAACCCCCCAUGCGACCCAAAGGUUUUCAAGGUAAGAUAAGCUGAUCUUUGCCUUGAAAAUCUGUUCUGAUUAAAAGUUAUGGAUGGAAUUGUUUUACAGAAAGUGGACUGUAUGUGCAAGAUAGACUGUUUGUACACCGUGGAAUGCCUCUGCUAUACUCUGCUUUUGCUUAUUGUAUCCGUGCUGCAAUUUCUUGGGUAAAAUUAUGCAGAGACUAUGCAAUCAUUCCUAGAUUUGAAUUCUUAUAGAGUAUCAAAUAGCGUAUCGGCUGCUCUGCCUGAGAUUUUCCACAGGUACCGAAGAGAAGCAUCCUUUGAUUACUUCUAAUGUCUGGUGAAUGUUUACCUCUUAAGACAUGUCUGGUUCAUCAUACUGUGUGGAGUUGGUUCCCACCUGAUGUACUGAGAAGGUUCAUUAGGAAUGAAUUAGUCAUGGGGCAGGAUAAUUCUGCUAAACUUUAAGGAGGGUUAUCUGUUCCUCAAACCCCAUGUCUUUCUUAUAUGCAGAAAUUGGAACACUCUGUGUAACGAUCCUUUCUUGCCCGACGUUUAAUAUGUUUACCAUCAUAUGGGUAAAUGUUACACCCCCAGGUACUCUGGGAAUCCAUAAAAUUCUGCAAAAGUAGCUGCUUUAAAAACCCGAUCAUCAAGAAGGCUGAGACCUCUUGCAGAUAAUCUUUCCAUACUGCUGGGUUUCGGUAUGGGUCUUUGCUGGCAGGUGCAGCUUUGUCCAAAACGUAUAACUUUGUUUACAAUCGUUAAUGGAAGUUAUUUAAGUCUCCUGAUAAGCAGCUCGUCGGUUUUACUGUUUUAUUUGUAAUUGUCACAUAUUUUACAUGGAUUUGACUAAUAAAAUUUGACAAUGACCUGCCAAGAUCAUAGGUUGAUCUGAUGUUUCCCUUAAAUCCUGGUGGCUUAAAGGACCACUCUAGGCAUCCAGACCACUUCAGCUUAAUGAAGUGGUCUGGGUGCCAGGUCCUUCUAGGGUUAGCCCAUUUUUUCAUAAACAUAGCAGUUUCAGAGAAACUGCUAUGUUUAUGAAUGGGUUAAGCCUUCCCCCAUUCCCUCUAGUGGCUGUCUCAUUGACAGCCACUAGAGGCGCUUGCGUGCUUCUCACUGUGAUUUUCACAGUGAGAGCCUCCAGCGUCCAUAGGAAAGCAUUGAGAAUGCUUUCCUAUGUGACUGAAUCUUGGCGCGCUCUUGGCGCGUGCGCAUUCAGCCGGCGGCCGGAGGCGGAGAGGAGGAGGAGAGCUCUCCGCCCAGCGCUGGAAAAAGGUAAGUUUAACCCCUUUUCCCCUUUCCAGAGCCGGGCGGGAGGGGGACCCUGAGGGUGGGGGCACCCUCAGGGCACUAUAGUGCCAGGGAAACGAGUAUGUUUUCCUGGCACUAUAGUGGUCCUUUAAGCUUGGACGGCAGAUCAGCGUCCUUUUCGGUCCCCUGUUUACUUCCAUUAAGGAAAGGGGUAUCUUCUAUAACCUAUGUUGAAAAAGGAAAAAAGCUCUGCCUUAAGACAAGUAGAGCUAGGUCCGACAUGGGUAGGUGUUUCAGACGCCAAGAAGCUUGGAGCUCAGUGGGUUUAGACCUUGUUCAAUAGAUCUAUAGAUCCGAUCAUGUUCACUGUCUACAGAGAGGUUUGGAGGGCCCGGAUAGACCUUAUGGCAAAGAGGGAGAACAUGUAGAUUCUCAGGUUUGCCUCUCUGUACAGGACAGAUAGUUCACGUUGAACAGUUGGUCUCGCUAUCUAAGGGUAUUUCUCCGGGCUUACAUAUUUUUUUUCCUAGACUGUUCCUAAGACUUCUUCAAAGAGGUAACGGACAGAGCAGUGGUUCUGCCAAUCUUUCCAUACUGGCCAAACACGAGCCAGUUUUCGACCUUGGUGGAGAUGACUUUCAAGUUUGGGAAUCUUCCGAUCUGGAAAACACUUUUGAAAGACAGGAUAUCCUACUGGAAGUGUUGAAUAGGUUCUUAUUGACUGUAGGGUACUACAUGGUGGAUCCUUGAUCUCCUGAGUCUUCAUGAGUCAGAGUCCACUUGCUGUGUGUAAUCUUUUAGUUGUUCCGCCUCUAACCUUUACAUGAGGAUUUGGGUAGAGCGUCUACAUUGUUGUAAGGAUCGUUAUUGUCUUCUAGUUCAUUUGUCCGGUUGGUUCAAAUAUACACUUCCUGCAGGAGAUUUCCACAAGUUGGGCGUUUCCACAUUAAGACCAAAUUGUAUUCCCUGAGUUCUUUCUGUGAAGGGAUUGGUCUUCGGAUAUACUGGUUAGAAGUUUCUUUGAAGCAAUAGGUUUUUUAGGCCACCCAGGAAGUUCUUUCUUCAGUCUUUCAGGCCCCCUUUUACGUUUGAGGUGGUUCCUUUAAGUAUGCUAAAGCUUAACCAGCAUUCUUAGUAGACAUUACCUCUGCCAAGAGAGUAAGCAAGCUUCAGGAUAUAUCUUCUUCAGUGGAAUUUCUUAUAUUCCAUCAGGGUAAAGUUGUUUCAUCCUAAAACUUCAAUUCUUCCAGAGUUAUCUUUUAGAACAGUUAAUAAGCUCAUCCUUCUAUAAUUAUGCCAUCUCCCUGCUGUUGUGGCUUAGGUGUGUUUUCUUGCUAUUUUUCUUAAUCACCUAUCUUGCAGGUGCUUGUCCCAAUUAGGAAGCACAGGCCAUACGUACUGCCACCAUAUUAAGAGAAAAAUAAUUUACGAUGAGUAAACAUUAUUUUUUAUUUUUUGCAGGGGAUGGGGUUUUUUUUUCUCUUUUUUUUUUUAUUUGACCAAUGGAAUGGCCACUGACAUCAGUUUUUAACAUUUGUAAAAUAGAACCAGAACAUUUGUGUAUAUCUGAUAUUAAUGCUCAAAAGUGCAAUGCUUUGAAUGUAUAAUGUAAUGCAUUGAUUAAAAAGGUUGAAUUAGGAGACUGAUACAUGAAGAUACUCAGUGGUGGGGUAAAUGCACACUGGGUGAAAAGAACACUAAUUGGAAUACAUGAUUAAUUGUGAGAUGUGGAGCAAGGAGGCUCAGCAAGAGCAAGGAUUACAAUGUGACUAGGUGUGAGCUAAUGGGGAUUAAGCGAUCUAUUUAUUAAAUGAAAAUGUUAUGGAGGAUGGGGAAAUAAAGGAACUGUCUUGUAACACCUACAUUAUUAAUUUUUUUUUUUUUUUUUUAGGUUCCAGAGUUCCAAGUCUGGGAAGAUCUACCUCCACAGAGAUGUCAGACUUCUCUUUUCUCGAAAGUCAAUGGAAGUUGAUAGCGGUGCCGCAUACGAACUCAAGUCCUACAUAGAUACCCCAACAAAUCCCACGUUUUCAGCCAGGUGUUGAACAGACUGCAGAAGAGAGAAUCUUUGGCUUGCAAAAUUAAAAUUAGCUUGACUUCAAAUGGCAAAGAAAGACUGUAUUCUUAUGGAAAGGAACACCUGCAAAAAAAAAUGGACCAGCUCCAGAGAUUUUCUUAAAUGUACUCUGUGUAUUUCAUGUAGACUGGAAAUGAAUAGAGUCCUAACGCAUUUUUUUUUUCUACUAUGUAAUGCCACUUGAUUGGAUGUGUGCCGCCUUAGCAAUUCUUCCUGUUAGUUUAGUGUUUACACAUUUUAUUUUUAUUUAAUAUUUAAUGUUUCAUUUACUACACAAGUGAUUGUUUGUUUGUCUAAGUGUUCUAAUGUAGCACAAAGCCUAUGUAAAAUCAUACAAUGUAUUUUUGACAGUAAUAUUGAAAUCUAAAAUAUAUAUAAAUCUUAAAAACACACUGCAUUAAUUUCUGUUUACUACUAUUGAAGGUGUGCAACAUACAUAUUGGUGUAUGUGUUUGUGUCCAUUUACACUGGUUCCCCUAAACAUUUGAUGUUUACAAUUAAAAAAAAAAGGUAAUUAUGUCCCACUGCACCCAUCCUGUCUAUCUCACAUAAAGAAACACCAGAGCCCAAGUGCAAUUUUAACAGCGCUCUACACAUUUGCAGCCAUGAGUGGGCUUGCCAACGUGAUGACCAGUUGUCUGGAGUGUAUUCAUGCCUAUACACUCCUCUUUUUCAGGUGAGGUUGAACCACUUUUCUUUGGGAGUUGGUGAUGCAAGCUACAUCACGGGCAAACCCUCUAUAGGCCUGCUCAUUCAUGUGUCGCACUUUCAUUCAUCCUGAUAUAGAGAAGUGUGUCACAGGUGACUUGAAACGGACCUGAACAAGAUUUUUGCAAGUUCAUAAGUGUUAAAUCCAUGUCCGUUAUAUACAGAAUCAAUAAAAUGUGUGAUUAAAGGUAUUGUGUACUUCGAAUUUGACCCUGUAUUUUUAAUGUAUUGUAUAAAUAAUGCAUUAAAGGACGAUGCUGGGUACCAUAUCAAUGAAUUUGUUUUUGUGCAAGAAGGUUCAGGGCACUGUGUUACCAUAAGGGUUUAAAAACUCUACGAAUGCUCUGCUCCCAAAUUUUUGAAGACUGCGCUUAUUUGGUGUGUCCAUCGACUUCCUUCAGAGGUUUGAGGAUUCAAUAAGGAGGCCUCAGCUUAUCACUAG